AUGACUGAGAUGAAAAUUAAGGAUUCUUGGAAAUACAAGUGGAUCAGAUGGCAAGUAAUAUCUUCCUUAUUAUUUUCAUGGCUUUGUCAUUCAGUAUCUGGUCAGCUUCAUUAUUCCAUGGAUGAAGAAAUGAGAAAAGACUCUGUUAUUGCUAAUAUUGCAAAAGACCUUGGAUUAGAUAUUAAGCAGCUCUCAUUUAGAAAAUUUCAUAUUGUUUCACGUGUUUCAGAGAAAUAUUUUUCUGUAAAUUUAGACAAUGGGAAUUUAUAUGUUAAAGACAGGAUAGAUAGAGAGACACUGUGUGGGGCAGUAGAUCCCUGCUUACUAAACUUUGAUGCAGUGCUUGAUAAUCCUUUAAAUGUUUUCCCUGUCACCAUUGAAAUUCAGGAUGUAAAUGAUAAUUCUCCCAGAUUUUUCCAUGAAACCAUCACUUUAGAAAUUAUUGAAUUUUCUUCAACUGGAACACACUUCAUUUUGCAAAAUGCAGGUGAUCCUGAUAUUGGGAAUAAUUCUGUACAAACAUACAAGCUCAGUGAUAAUCAGCAUUUUACACUGAGUGAAAAGACCAGCACUGAUGGCAGUAAAUUUGUUGAGCUUGUGUUACUGAAAUCUUUAGAUCGGGAGACACAAAACAUUCAUGAAUUAAUAUUAACAGCAAAGGAUGGAGGGAAUCCCGUUAGAUCAGGCACUGUUUCCAUAAAGGUUAUUGUUACUGAUGCAAAUGAUAAUUUUCCUAUAUUUACUCAAGAAGUUUAUAAAGUGAGUAUAAGUGAAAAUGCUCCAAUCAACUCUACAUUGCUUCAUGUCACUGCAACUGAUCAGGAUGAAGGUUCUAAUGCACAGAUUACAUAUUCUUUUAUAAAAACAACAGACAAUGCUCUUUCUACUGAAAUCUUUACAAUAAAUUCUAAAAAUGGAGAUAUUAAAACUAAUAAAAAAUUAGAUUUUGAAGCAGUGAAACAUUAUGAAAUGUCUAUUCAAGCAAAAGAUGGUGGUGGGCUUGUGGCCCAUUCCAAAGUCUUAGUAGAAAUAAUAGAUGAAAAUGAUAAUACCCCAGAGAUAUCCAUUACCUCAUUAACAUCUCCUAUUCCUGAGGAUUCAACACCAGGAACUCGAAUAGCAUUGAUUGAAGUUCAUGAUCAAGAUUCAGGAGAAAAUGGAGAAGUUGAUUGUCAAAUAAUUGGAGAAGUGCCCUUUCAGUUAAUACAAUCAUCUAGUAAAUAUUACAAAAUUGUUACAAUAAAUGCUAUGGACAGAGAGAAAGAAUCAUAUUACAACAUCACAAUUAUAGCAAAUGAUAGAGGAUCCCCCUCCCUUUCUACUACAAAAAUUAUUAGGUUAGAUAUUUCAGAUGUUAAUGACAAUCGCCCUGUAUUUAAGAAAUCUUCAUACAUUGCCUAUGUGCAAGAAAACAAUUUACCAGGAGCCUCUAUAUACAGUAUACAUGCUUUUGAUCAAGACUUUGGAGACAAUGCUAAAAUCAUAUAUUCAAUUUCUAGUAUCAAUACAGAAGAUAUCUCAGUAUCGUCUUAUUUUUCCAUUAAUAUAGAGACUGGAGUUAUUUAUGCUCAAAGAUCUUUUGAUUAUGAGCAAAACAAAGAGUUUCAUAUUAACGUUAGUGCUAAAGACAAUGGAUUCCCUUCAAUGACUAGCAACACAACAUUAAUUAUUCUCAUAGUAGACCAGAAUGACAAUUCACCAUUCAUUUUGUACCCAUCACCAGAAAAUGUUGAUUCCACCUCCUUUGAAAUGGUCCCAUUGGUCUCUGAAGAAGGUUCUGUAAUAACUAAGGUGGUUGCAGUAGAUGCUGACUCAGGGCAUAAUGCUUGGCUCUCUUAUCAUUUCAUACCAACAUCAGAACCAUCUCCCUUCAGCAUUAGUCAACACACAGGAGAAAUAAGGACAUCACGUGUUUUUGAACAGAAGGAUGUUUUGAAAUAUAAGCUGGUGGUUUUGGUGAAAGAUAAUGGAGUCCCUUCUCUGUCAACAACAGCAACCUUAAAUAUAAUUGUUGCAGAUUCUUUCCAACAGGUUGUUCCCAAAUUCACUAAUCAAGUUAGUGAUAAGGAUCAUCCAUCGAAUGUACAAAUGUAUUUAGUAAUUGCAUUGGCUCUGAUUUCCUUUUUGUUUAUUUUAAGUGUUAUGUUAGUUAUCAUAGCCAGGUGUAAAGAGUCAAAAUCCCCUCCAGCCUUUGGAUCUCUAAGUACCAAUCUUUAUUCUCAUGUGGAUCCCAGAUAUCUUUCCCAAUAUAACAAUGGAACUUUACCUCUGCCAUACUCAUACAAUGUGUGUGUGGCUCUGGAUUCAAGUGAAAGGGAUUUUACUUUCAUAAAACCAAAGCAAGAUGUCCCCAUAGACAAUCUUAUUGAUGCUGAUGAUUCUGGACUAGGAAAUGAAAACUUGGCAGAACCAUUACCUUCUAAUAGUCUUGAGAAGGUGAGUGAUGAUGUUUGGAACUAAACAGGAGAGAUUGCCAUGUAUUAUGCUUGACAGUAGGGAUACACAAGCUGUUGUUUCUGUGAUUUAUAUGAUAUUUAUAAAUAAAAGUACGUAUUCAGAGAGUGAUAUAUAAUCAGGGCUCAAGAUAUCAAUUUCUCUCCAGCCAUUGUCAAGUGAUAAUUUAGAAAAUGUAGAUUUGACUAGAAGAAAUUCACAUUGAAAAGUGUGCCAUGAACCCUCCAUACUUGCAGUGAAAAGUAACAUGUAAGGCCUGGCUAGUAGCAUAGUAUUAAAAUUAGACUAUUGUUCUACUCAAAGGAUGAAUAUAAAGCAGAUCUGUAUUUUUGUUAGCCCUCAUAGUCUAUUAUUGCCAUUCAGAUUUAAACAGUAUUGUAUUGGUAAUGCAGAAGGUAAUGCAGAUGUAUUGUAUGCGUAAUGCAGAAGUUAAAGUUGGAUUUGGAGCAGAGGAGCUAGUUCUUGGAUCCCUAUAUUUUUGUUAAACCAGUCAAAUAUUGUUUGAAAAAAAUGGGGGACUGUUAUCAAAGACGACUUGCUCCAAAGCCAUAAAUUGCAAUGCUUCAUAUGUCAUUUUAAGAAGAAGUCUCCUUCUUCAUAUACCUGACAUUGUAGAAGGGUAAUGAGAACGCUAAAGUCUCCGAAAGAAUACGAUCUGGACUUCACAUGUCCACAGCUCUAUAUAACCAGCCAGGGGAAAUGGUGCUUACGUGUUUCAUUGCAAAAUGUAUAUAUUUCUUGCAAUGAACAGUUUAUUAACAGUAAUAGGCAAUUUGUGAACAAGUCAAACAAUAGGUCUUGAGUCAACAAAUAUAGACAGCACUACUGUUCAAGGUUUAAUACAUAUCUGGUUUUAAACCUUAUAUUCUCCAAUGAACUUAUCAGAUUUGACAGUUGAUCAAUCCAUGCAUCAUGCAUAAAAACAUGACAAGUCACACUUAAAAUACACACAAAAAUAAAUAAAUGGAAAAGGCUAUAAUGGUCAAUAUGGCCCCUAUUUAAGAAUAAGGGAGGUAUAAAACCUCCAGUAUGUCUCUACUCAUCGUGCCAUAGGUGGGGGCAUGUCAACUAAACUGUGAGCAGCCAAUGGCUGAUCACUGUAAUUGAAAACAUACAAGCAUGGUACCUGCAUUAUUACAUACAUAAUUAUUAGUAAGCAUUUUGGAAAUGUAAGAUAUUUCUACAAUAAUAUCACCUUUUAUUGUAAAUUAUGAUGGUUUCCACUGUCAGAUUAGCCUGAAUGCCCAGGACAGUAUAACAUAUUAAUAAUUUAAAUGUUAAUUCUAGCUUUUUAGAUUCAAAUUAUUUCAGCAAUUUUAUUUAAUUUAUGUAAAAAUAGCUAUUAUUAUUAUUAUUUAUAAUGCGCCAACAAGUUCUGUAGCACUGUAGAAUGGGUGGACUAACAGACACAUAUUUGUAGCCAGGCAAGUUGGAUGCACAGGAACAGAGGGGUUGAGGGCCCUGCUCAAUCUGCAUACAUGCUAGAGGGAGUGGGGUAUAGUGACAAAAAAGGUAAGGGUAAGGUAGAAAAGUAGGUUGCUAGGAUAGUAAUUAUUGAUGGCUUAGUGUUUUUGUGACAGCUUUAGGAGAGGAAUCAGGGUGCAGGGAGGGAAAGCUGUUCACAGUUUAAUUGAUAUGCUUUCCUAAUGAAGUAAGUUUUCAAAGAUUUUUUUUGAAGGAGUGGAGAUUGGGUGAAAGUCUAACAUGAGAGGGGAAGAGCAAUCCAUAAGAACAGUGCAGCCCUAGAGAAGUCUUUAAGGUGAGCACCUUAAAGGUAUGAGUACAAACGGACUUUAGACGUAGGUCUCCGGCAGAGCGUAGGGGCCUAGAUGGGACAUAUUUGUGUAUUAGUGAGGAUAAGUAGGUCGGAGCAGCAUUGUGCAGAAAUUUGUAAGCAAGUGCCAGGCUCUUAAGCUGAGUCCUAUAUCUUACGGGAAGCCUAUAUCUUAUGGGAACAUGUAAGAGCGCUGAGAAUCGGAAGAGGACAGUGGCAUAGACAAGCACCUUUGCCGUAUCAGACGUUACAUAGGGUUGGAUGCGCACAAUGUUUUUGAGAUGGAAGCGGCAGGAUUUGGCGAUUUAUUGGACAUGAGGGGUGAAGGAGAGGUCAGAGUCAAAGAGAACACUUAGGCAGCGAGCCUUAUGGGUAGAACGGAUGGUAGCGCCAUUAACUUGGAGGGACACAGACAAGGGAGUAGCAACACUUGAGGGAGACCAGAAGUUCUGUUAUGUACAGGUUCAGUUUAAGGAAAUGAGCAGCCAUCUAGUUGGAAAAAGCAGAGAGGCAGUCAGAGACAUGAGUCAAGAGGGGUGAUGAGAUACCAAUGGAGGACAGAUAAAUUUAUGUGUCAUCCGCAUAGAAAUGAUACUGGAAGCCAAAGGAGCUGAUGAGUUUACCAAGGGAGGCAGUGUAGAUUGAGAACAAUAGGGGACCAAGGACAGAACCUUGGGGAACACCAACAGAAAAGCAUUGGGCAGAAGAGGCAGAGCCAGAGAAAGAAACACCGAAUGAGUGCUGGGAGAAUUAGGAAGAGCACCAGGAGAGAGAGGUAUCUCAUAGAGUGAGAUUACAGAGAAUGAGAAGAAGCUGUUUUAUUAUAAUUAUAAUAAACUAUCAUAAUUUAGCCAAUACUUAGAGUAUGCUGCUACCAUAAAACCCAAGGGCAUUGCAAAAUCUAGUCUACACUAGCCAAACUCGAAAAACUAUCUAAUUCAAACUUGUUUUUUUUUAUCAGUUACUUUUUUAUCAGCCUUGUUUACUUUUUAAUGAACAGAAUGUUUAGUUAUUAACAUAUGUGUUUGUUAUUUGAUAUUUGGAUCAUGUGAUUGUAUCUGUGCUUUACACAGUUGUUUCUAAUAUGCACUCACUGGAGUUAGACACCUCCUAUUACACCUUUGGUGCUAGGCUAGCAGCUCCCCUGCCAGAUAGCCAGCAAAAAAACACUCCUCCCUCUCACCAUCUAUAUACUGCAAGCAUUUAAGAUGGCAUUACAGGGGUGGAGUUAUAUAAUGUGCACACGUGUUACCCUUUUGUAGUGUUGUUUGAUUGGCUGUAGUUUCCAUGCAGUAAAUAUCUGUGAAUCUCAUGGGUCAGGGCAAUGUCACUUGUUACUGGUUUAAUGCAUCAAGGUGGAUGACCUUGUCAGCAAACCUCCUACCUCUAAACAGUAAAGGAAGUUUCAAUGGGUCAUAUCAUUCCAUUAUCUGGGGGUGAAGGAAUAUAACAUUUCGCUUUUAAUAUUACAUUAGCACUCCAGAGGUUGAUAAAAAUUGCUAUAGCAGUUGUAAAUAUCUGUAGUUUAGAAAUAUAUGAGUUAACUCUUUGUACUCUAUGUGGGCAUUGUGAUCAAAUACACAAAAAUAAGCCCUGCGCUCAGACUCCCACAUUACUUAUAUGCAUAGGGAUUUGGGAUAGUGAACAAGUAACUUUUUUCUUUGGUUUUUAUUGUGAUAAAAUGCAGACCAUUGUUUGCAUUCUGUUGCCAUUUCAGUACAAGCUGUUACAUUCUGUUAUCAUUUUCAGUACCGACUUUUUAUAUACAGCUUUUAUUUUUUCCUUAAUGUUUUAUAGUGGUAGAGAUUGCCUACUCUGUGUUUUGCUUUUUAUUUAAAGUAAAGUUUAUUGUAAAUGUAUUAACAAUAGGUGUGGAAUAUGUGGCGCUGAGUAAUUAAUGUGAACAGUAUAUUUUAGCUGCUGUUUACACUCUAUGGGUACUCCUAAAAGCCCACCAUACAAAGAUAAACACCAAAAGACGAAAAAGAUUUCAGAUCUGAUGGGUGUUACCACCCCUCAGGUCUUCUAUCUUUAUGAGUGCAGCGCUGUGUAAUGUGUGAAAACACAGUGAAUUACCUGUGAUUCAAAGGCAAUUAUCCUUUAUAUUCUCCAAUGUAAUACAUAUACAAAAGAAAAAAGAAAUAUAUACAGAUAAUUGUGCAGUAUAUCUAUUACUUUAGUGAAGUGUUUAGUGGGUAACAUAUAUAUCUCCACUCACAUUUUUUAGAGCCUUUUCAAGUGAAUUAGGCUCUAAACUUUCGUGCAUCUGUGUCUUUAAGGGUAGAUCACACGACCCCUCUCUCCAGGUUGAGUGUGUAUUUUUUCUCUCCCCAGCGUAUAUAUGAAAGACACAGAAUUAUCCAACUAAGUGUAGCAUCCUCUAUGAUAUUUUCUUAUAAAUAACAAAUUGAAGUGCUCACCUUAUUUAGAGCCUUUUGGUAACUGGCUCUAAGUGUAUAGGCCUAGUGUCAGUUUGUGGGGUGACACUGCCCCUUCCCUGGAAUCACUGGUGCUGGAUACAGUGGAUAGUAUAAAAUAAGGGAAUUUAUUACAAUAUAUAUAAAAACAGUAUAAAAAUAUUUUUCUAGAAAAUAAAAAAUUGGAUAAGAACAAAUUAUUGCAAGUAUUGGUGGUUCAGGAAAAAUGAUGAGUCCACUUUAAAGUGAUUCCAGGGAAGGGGCAGUGUCACCCCACAAACUGACACUAGGCCUAUACACUUAGAGCCAGUUACCAAAAGGCUCUUAAUAAGGUGAGCACUUCAAUUUGUUAUUUAUAAGAAAAUAUCAUAGAGGAUGCUACACUUAGUUGGAUAAUUCUGUGUCUUUCAUAUAUACGCUGGGGAGAGAAAAAAUACACACUCAACCUGGAGAGAGGGGUCGUGUGAUCUACCCUUAAAGACACAGAUGCACGAAAGUUUAGAGCCUAAUUCACUUGAAAAGGCUCUAAAAAAUGUGAGUGGAGAUAUAUAUGUUACCCACUAAACACUACACUAAAGUAAUAGAUAUACUGCACAAUUAUCUGUAUAUAUUUCUGUUUUCUUUUGUAUAUGUAUUACAUUGGAGAAUAUAAAGGAUAAUUGCCUUUGAAUCACAGGUAAUUCACUGUGUUUUCACACAUUACACAGCGCUGCACUCAUAAAGAUAGAAGACCUGAGGGGUGGUAACACCCAUCAGAUCUGAAAUCUUUUUCGUCUUUUGGUGUUUAUUGUAAAUGUAAUUAUCGGGGAUGCAUUUCUUCAUUAGAAUAUAUACAUUUGUAGCAUUAAUAGGAAAGAAAAGCAUGAGAACGUGUAUCAUAAAUUAAACUCACAAAUGUACUCAUAAAACCCUCUUGAUUUUUAAGAUGAAUUAUGCUUAGGUACCCCUGACAAAGGUGCAGCUAAAUGCACCGAAACGCGCGUCGGGUUUCUUUUAUUAAUCACUUUUAUUCACUCGUGGAAGCACUUGGUGUUUAGUAUUUAAUUUCUUUUUUUUUUAGUUUUGGCUUUUCUGGGGGGCGUCUUUGGGAGGUUUCAGCUGACUACUCUGACAUCAGGGACAGCAUAGAACACCCUUGAAGGUGUUGCCUUAGGAGUAUUAGGGUUUUACAGUCAGAGCCUCUGUAGAUUUGUCGUAGAUUUAUUACAAGCUAUACCACUAAUCCUAUGGAAUAAUUCAGCAUUCUAUUUACAUGUUCUGCUUAUGACUAUUCGUUUUUGGUUAUCUCUGCUUUGCAUAUACCUACAUUAUAUAAGCAAUUGCCCAUUUUGAGCCCAUUGGCUUAUAUAUAUCUCUUUCUACAGAGGCUACUGCUACCCUUUAAUCUACUGGCUCUGUCCCCAGUCUUAUAGCAGCUUAUCUCUACCUUUUAACAUUAGCCUCCCAAACUUAGGAAUGCAUUUGCCUUUCCACUACUUAGUGGACCUCCCCUAGCAGUUUAUAUUUACUACUGCCUGGGUUCCGUGCAUGUGUUACUUUGUUGUUCAGCAGCUUUUCCAUUGUAUCGUAUUUGUGCAGUGCCUUUAUGAAUAAAGUAUUUAUUAUUUUGGGAUACAUUUGAACCAUAUAUUGCUGAUAACUCUGCUAUUGCCCCACAUUUAUCUUUACUCCUAGUCAUUUGUCUUUGAUUACAGAUAUAAUUUUUUCACUUUUUUUCCCCUGUUGCCAAAAAAACAGUAUUGAGUCCAGCUUUUUAGAGGGAUUCUAUUUAUUUAGUUAGUUUUAUUGGAUUAAGUAACUAAACUAAAAUCUUUGGAAUACUAUAGAAGGACUUCAUAUUUCAGACACAGUGUUAAGUGAUAGUAAACAUUUACAUUUUGGUUUGGCCUUUUUUUAAUUUAUGUUUACACUAUGUGCUACAUUUCUGCUUUGAAAAUACAAAUAUUAUAUGUAAAUAUUACAUGUAUUAAUUACAAACAUUAAUGGCAAAAAAAAAUCGAAAAAAAUAAAACUGACAAAGGUAAUAUAAAAAUAUGUACACAUUUCUCAGGAUUACAGGAGUUCAUAUCAUCAAUAGCUUUAGAACUCUGAGGUAAAAAAAAAAUACUAACGUAUACUUUUUUAUUUUUUUCAUUAAUACAAAUAUAAAGUUCAAGAUAGCUUACUGUGAUUGAGUAUAUAUUCCAUUAAAUUUCCAGUAUAUAUAUAUAUAUAUAUAUAUAUAUAUAUAUAUAUAAAAACAAAAUAGUUCCUGCACUCACGCUAAUUCAUCCUUAGGUGACCGGGUGCCAGCCCCAUAUAGCUAGUGUAUCCAGAAAAACCAAGUAGAUGGCUGCACUCACGGUUCUGUGUAAAAGUCCAAAGUUUAUUGAAGAUGCAUAAAAAAACUUGCGAUCAAUGUUUCAGUCCUUCUAAAAGGACUUUCUUCAGGAUCCUGAAGAAAGUCCUCUUAGAAGGACUGAAACGUUGAUCGCAAGUUUGUUUAUGCAUCUUCAAUAAACUUUGGACUUUUACACAGAACCAUGAGUGCAGCCAUCUACUUGGUUUUUCUAUAUAUAUAUAUAUAUAUAUAUAUAUAUAUAUAUACCAUGUAUUGAUAUAGAUUACUGGACUAAUAUGGCUACAAUCUCUACUCUACAGGGAGUGCAGAAUUAUUAGGCAAAUGAGUAUUUUGACCAUAUCAUCCUCUUUAUGCAUGUUGUCUUACUCCAAGCUGUAUAGGCUCGAAAGCCUACUACCAAUUAAGCAUAUUAGGUGAUGUGCAUCUCUGUAAUGAGAAGGGGUGUGGUCUAAUGACAUCAACACCCUAUAUCAGGUGUGCAUAAUUAUUAGGCAACUUCCUUUCCUUUGGCAAAAUGGGUCAAAAGAAGGACUUGACAGGCUCAGAAAAGUCAAAAAUAGUGAGAUAUCUUGCAGAGGGAUGCAGCACUCUUAAAAUUGCAAAGCUUCUGAAGCGUGAUCAUCGAACAAUCAAGCGUUUCAUUCAAAAUAGUCAACAGGGUCGCAAGAAGCGUGUGGAAAAACCAAGGCGCAAAAUAACUGCCCAUGAACUGAGAAAAGUCAAGCGUGCAGCUGCCACGAUGCCACUUGCCACCAGUUUGGCCAUAUUUCAGAGCUGCAACAUCACUGGAGUGCCCAAAAGCACAAGGUGUGCAAUACUCAGAGACAUGGCCAAGGUAAGAAAGGCUGAAAGACGACCACCACUGAACAAGACACACAAGCUGAAACGUCAAGACUGGGCCAAGAAAUAUCUCAAGACUGAUUUUUCUAAGGUUUUAUGGACUGAUGAAAUGAGAGUGAGUCUUGAUGGGCCAGAUGGAUGGGCCCGUGGCUGGAUUGGUAAAGGGCAGAGAGCUCCAGUCCGACUCAGACGCCAGCAAGGUGGAGGUGGAGUACUAGUUUGGGCUGGUAUCAUCAAAGAUGAGCUUGUGGGGCCUUUUCGGGUUGAGGAUGGAGUCAAGCUCAACUCCCAGUCCUACUGCCAGUUCCUGGAAGACACCUUAUUCAAGCAGUGGUACAGGAAGAAGUCUGCAUCCUUCAAGAAAAACAUGAUUUUCAUGCAGGACAAUGCUCCAUCACACGCGUCCAAGUACUCCACAGCGUGGCUGGCAAGAAAGGGUAUAAAAGAAGAAAAUCUAAUGACAUGGCCUCCUUGUUCACCUGAUCUGAACCCCAUUGAGAACCUGUGGUCCAUCAUCAAAUGUGAGAUUUACAAGGAGGGAAAACAGUACACCUCUCUGAACAGUGUCUGGGAGGCUGUGGUUGCUGCUGCACGCAAUGUUGAUGGUGAACAGAUCAAAACACUGACAGAAUCCAUGGAUGGCAGGCUUUUGAGUUUCCUUGCAAAGAAAGGUGGCUAUAUUGGUCACUGAUUUGUUUUUGUUUUGUUUUUGAAUGUCAGAAAUGUAUAUUUGUGAAUGUUGAGAUGUUAUAUUGGUUUCACUGGUAAUAAUAAAUAAUUGAAAUGGGUAUAUAUUUGUUUUUUGUUAAGUUGCCUAAUAAUUAUGCACAGUAAUAGUCACCUGCACACACAGAUAUCCCCCUAACAUAGCUAUAACUAAAAACAAACUAAAAACUACUUCCAAAAAUAUUCAGCUUUGAUAUUAAUGAGUUUUUUGGGUUCAUUGAGAACAUGGUUGUUGUUCAAUAAUAAAAUUAAUCCUCAAAAAUACAACUUGCCUAAUAAUUCUGCACUCCCUGUAUAAUGAUAUUUAUUUCUAUACACAUUAAACAUGUAUUAAAUAAAUACAGUAAAACAACCAGGAUUACAGGAUUUCUUAUCAUCAAUAUCUUUAGAACUCUGCAAAGAAAUAUUUUAAUUUACUUUUAUUAUUUAUUAUUAAAAUUAAUUAUAAUGAUUUCAGAUAUGUGGGAGUAUAUCAACUUACACUAACAUGUAUACUUUUUUUUACUUUUUGCAUUAAUACAGAUAUAAAGUGCAAGAUACUUUACUGUGAUGGAGUAUACAAUGAUUCCAUUUCAUUUCUAAUAUAUAUUUGUAUAUCAUCUACCUUCUAUACUCUAUAUUGAUAUAUAUAUAUAUACACACACACAUAAUGCAUGUACAUUAAUCUUGUAUUAAAUAAAUACAGUAAAAAAAUGUUCUCGGUCGUGCAGUUCUGCAUUUAUACCUCUGAGCGCCGCUGUUUGACCAAUAAGGAGAAGAAUAUAGAGCUGGAGAUCCACUGAUAUUUCCAUCACUAACACACACUGCAGAUCUGCAAGAAGAAACACAGCCAUUUUUGGAUUCUCUCACACACUGAGCACUUUGUAUAAGAUUGGAUUUCCUUAUAUUCCCUGGAAGAAGUGAAGACAGCAGUUUUUUUCUUUUUAAGUGGAUUGCAGAUAACUGGAAAUCAAAGAGAAAAUUAUUCCCAGAAAUUAAAACCAAUAAAAAUGGCUCCCUCAGGAUUGAAACCUCAGGAUUCACAAAAACACAAAGGAAUGAAAUGGCAAGUAAUAUCUUCUUUAUUAUUUUCAUGGCUUUGUCAUUCAGUAUCUGCUCAGCUUCAUUAUUCAAUAGCUGAAGAAAUGAGAAAAGACUCUGUUAUAGCUAAUAUUGCAAAAGAUCUUGGAUUAGAUGUUAAACUGCUCUCAUUUAGCAAAUUUCAUAUUGUUUCACGUGUUUCAGAGAAAUAUUUUUCUGUCAAUUUGCAAACUGGAAAUUUACAUGUUAAAGACAGGAUAGAUAGAGAGACACUCUGUGGGGUAAUAGCUCCCUGCAUUCUAACCUUUGAUGCAGUGGUUGAUAACCCUUUAACUGUUUUCCCUGUCACCAUUGAAAUUCAGGAUAUAAAUGAUAAUUCUCCAGUAUAUUUCCAUGACACUAUUACCUUAGAAAUUAUUGAAUUGACUUCACCAGGAACACAUUUUAUUUUACAAAAUGCAGAAGAUCCAGAUAUUGGGAUUAAUUCUGUACAAACAUACAAGCUGAGUAAUAAUCAGCAUUUUAUACUAAGUGAAAAAUCCAGAACUGAUGACAGUACAUUUCCAGAACUUGUCUUAGAGAAACCUUUAGAUCGGGAGACACAAAGCAUUCAUGAAUUAAUAUUAACAGCACUGGAUGGCGGGAAUCCCAUAAGAUCAGGCACUGUUUCCAUAAAGGUUAUUGUUACUGAUGCAAAUGAUAAUUUUCCAGUAUUUACUGAAAAAAUCUAUAAAGUGAGUGUAAGUGAAAAUGCUCCAAUUAGCUUUAUGCUGCUUCAAGUUACUGCAACUGAUCAAGAUGAAGGUUUCAAUGCACAGGUCACAUAUUCACUUGGAAAAACAUCAGGGAAUGUACUUUCAGCUGGAAUGUUUAAAAUUAAUGCUACAAAUGGAGAAAUAACAACAAAUCAAAAAUUUGAUUUUGAAGUUGCAAGAUAUUAUGAAAUGUCUAUUCAAGCAAAGGAUGGUGGUGGACUUGUGGCCCAUUCCAAGGUUUUAAUACAUAUCAUAGAUGAAAAUGAUAAUGCUCCAGAGAUAUCCAUUACUUCAUUAACAUCUCCUAUUCCUGAGGAUUCAGCUCCAGGGACACGGAUAGCACUGAUUGAAGUUCAUGAUCAAGAUUCAGAAGAAAAUGGAAAUGUUGACUGUCAAAUCACUGGGAAUGCAAAUGCACCCUUUCUGUUAAUAUUGUCAUCAAGUAAAUAUUACAAAAUUGUUACAACAAAUACAAUGGAUAGAGAGAAAGUAUCAUGCUAUAAUAUUACAAUUUUAGCAACUGAUAGAGGAUCUCCACCUCUUUCUAUUACACAAGAAAUCAUGCUGGAUAUAUCGGAUGUUAAUGACAAUCCUCCAUUAUUUACAAAAGCUGCACAUGUUGCAUAUGUCCCAGAAAACAAUUUACCGGGAGCCUCAAUAUACAGCAUACAGGCUUCUGAUUUAGAUUCUGGAGAGAAUGCUAAGAUUAUUUAUUCAAUUUUAAGUAUAAACACAGAAGAUAUACCAGUAUCAUCUUAUCUGUCCAUUAAUAUAGAGACUGGAGUUCUCUACGCUCAGAGAUCCUUUGAUUAUGAGCAGCACAAAGAGUUUCAACUACAAGUAACUGCGAAAGAUAAUGGAUCACCAUCUUUGAGUAGCAACACAACUUUACUUAUCCGCAUCAUAGAUCAGAACGAUAAUGCACCUAGAAUUUUGUACCCUUCUCCAGGAAGUAUUGAUUCAGUUUCCUUUGAGAUGGUCCCUUUGGCAUCCAAAGAAGAUACGCUAAUAACUAAGGUUGUUGCGGUGGAUGCUGACUCAGGACAUAAUGCUUGGCUCUCUUAUCAUUUCAUGCAAGUGUCAGAACCAUCUCCCUUCAGCAUUAGUCAGCACACAGGUGAAAUACGGACAGUACGUGUGUUUGAACAAAAAGAUGUUUUGAAAUAUAAGGUUAUAGUUUUGGUGAAAGACAAUGGAGUCCCCUCGCUAUCAGCAACUGUAACCUUAAGUUUUAUUUUUGCAGAUUCCAUCCAACAAGUGGUUCCCAAACUCACUAAUCAAUUAAGUGAUGAGGAUCCCUCAACCAAUUUACAAAUGUAUUUAGUAAUUGCAUUGGCUCUUAUUUCAUUUUUGUUUAUUUUAAGUGUAAUGAUGGUUAUCAUUUCCAAAUGUAAAGAGUCAAAAUCUUCCCCAGCCUUUGGAUCUUUUAGUACUAAUCUGUAUUCUCAAGUGGAUCCGAAAAUGAUAUCCCAAUAUAACAAUGGAACCUUGCCUUUUCCAUACUCAUACAAUGUGUGUGUGGCUUUGGAUUCAAGUGAAAGUGAUUUUACAUUCAUCAAACCAAAGCAAGAUGUUCCCACAGACAACCUUAUUGAUGCUGAUGACUCUGGACUUGGAAAUGAAGACCUGAAAGAAACAUCUUCAAACAGUUUUGUAAAGGUAAGUACUAGAUAAUACAGCAGUAGAGUUUGAUAUUUUAAAAAUAUGUGGAGUUCUAUAGAAGAGUACUAUCUUAUGCCAAAUUAAUCAUCUACAGAAGUUACCAUUAAGUUCUAUGGGAUUUUUUCAAGACAAGUUUUGAAACAUUUAGAUAACUUGUAAAAUGGAGGCCUUAAUGGGGUAAUUCUGAUAUAUCUAAUAACUAUUUUUAAAUUCUAACAUGGUAAGAAUAAGUUGUGAUAUUAGAGGAAAUUGGUUUGGUUGGUAAAAAAUCUAUUCUCACAGUACUUGGUCUCCAAGUAAUCUUUAUAGUGAUAUAAUUAGAUAAACAAAUACGUCAAGUACCACAAGUAACAGUAUUUUCAUGUAACAUAUUUUCAUUUAAUUUUAUAUGACAUCUAAUAGAAACAUUUACCAUCAAGUACAGAAAUGUAAACUGUAAUUCCAAAGUUACCAAUGUGAUUUAUAUUAUAUGGUUGAUCUUGGAUUAACUUGAAUCUCUGCUAAAUGGGGGCGGGACUUGACUGUCAGCUAAUCAGACACAUGGUGCGGGAGCUUCUCAUAAACCUUGCUAUUAAGCCUUAAAUCUUGAUGCCCAGUGGACUUGAAACUGUUGUUUCUGUGAUUUAUUUGAUAUUUAUAAAUAAAAGUAUGGAUUGAAAGAGAAAUAUAUAAAUAAAUAUCCACUUGCCAUUAGCCAUUGUCAAGUGAUAAUUAAGAAAAUUUCAAUAUGAUUAAUAGAAAUUUACAUUGAUGAGUGUGCCAUAGACCCUCUAUACUUGCAGUGAAAAGUAACAUUUAAGGCAUGGCUAGUAGCAUAGGACUUGAAAUUAUUAUUUUUUUGUCAAUCUGUGUUUUAUUGAGGCAAGUUUGUAGGCAUACAGAUUUCAGAGUAGAGUUAGACACAAUACAUACAUUUGCAAUAUCGACAUUUUUAAGCAUUCAACAUUAGCAACCCUCUUUUACUUUUCUUAUUUCAUUUGUGUAUUAACCGGAGCUGGGCGGUAAGAUUUGUAUGUAAUGACUUUUCGUGUCAGGUGCAGGUACCUUGUAGGUGGUUGGUAAGGUUGAUCCAAAAGAGUAAAUAUAAUAAAGAAUGUUGAGAGAGAGUAAAACUCAUAUUAACUGUAACAGGCGGGUCGGUCAUCUGACCACUGUGGCCAGGUUGUGUGUGUGUGUCCUACUCAUGAGCAUGCAGGUCGGGGCGCUAUUAUGAGUGACACCUCUGUUUUCAUACUAGGUACCUGUAGUCUAUAAUAACAGGUAGAUUAAUGACCCCUAACCAAUGGGGAGGACUUGGCAUGUUAAGCCUCUAUAAUAUAUAUAAGGUAAUGAUGAAGACUUGAAAGAAGUCUUUUGAAGGUGUAUGGAGAAGGUAUAUAGAGUAUCAAUUUGAUACUUAUGAUAGGUUGAGAUUACGAAUGAUUUAUUUUGCAGGUUAAUGUUAUUUGGUACAGAAAACUACUCACUACAAUCAGUAAAAAUGGCAUGUGAUAUUUUCUUUAGCCGGAGAAAAAAUAUUUUUUUUAAAUGUUGACACAUUAUUUUAAACAAUCAAUAAAUAAAGUAUUAAAAAUUUAGACUAUUGUUCUACUCAAAGGAUGAGUAUAAAGCAGAUCUUUAUUUUUGUUUGCACUCAUAGUCUAUUAUUGCCAUCCAAAUUUGAACAGCAUUGUAUGGGUAAUGCAGAAGUUAAGUAGUUUUUAUUCUUAAAGUUGGAGCUAGUUCUUUAAUCUUUAUUUUUUUUGUUAAACCAGUUAAAUAUUGUUUGAAAAACAAUAUCACUUCAUACACCUGUCAUUGUAGAAGGGUAAUGAGAACGCUAAAGCCUCCGAAAGAAUAAAGUUUUCUGGACCCUCAUGUCCACAGCUCUAAAUAACCAGUCAGGAGAAAUGGUGCUUAUGUGUUUCAUUGCAAAAUGUACAUAUUUCUUGCAAUGAACAGUUCAUUAACAGCAAUAGGCAAUUUGUGAACAAGUCAAAUAAAAAUGAUUGAGUCAACAAAUAUUGUCUACUCAACUGUUCAGUCUUUAAUACAUACCUGGUUUUAAACCUUAUAUUCACCAAUGGAUUUAUCAGUUUUGACAGCUGUAGAUCAAUCCAUGCAUCAUGAAUAAAACAUAACAUUUCACACUUAAAACCCACACAAAAAAAAUGAAAAGGCCCAUAAAGGUCAAUAUGACCCCUAUUCAAAAAUAAGGGUGGUAUAAAACCUCCAGUAUGUCUCUACCCACCGUGCCGCAGGUGGGGGCAUGUCCAUUAUAAUUGAAAACUUACUAUCAUUGUACCUGCAAUAUUACAUACAGCAUUAUUAAGCAUAUUAGAAAUUGAAGAUAUUUCUACAAUAAUAUCAUCUUUUAUUGCAAAUUAUGAUGGUUUCUACUAUCAUAGCCUCAAUGCCUAGCCAGGGGAGUAUAAUAUUAUAAACAUUGAAUUUAAAUGUUACUUCUAGCUUAUUAGAUUCAAAUAAUUGCUACAUGAAGGGAGCGAUUUUAUUUAAUUCAUGUAAAAUUAACUAUUAUAAUUUAACCAAUACUAAGAGUAUGCUAUUACCAUAUGAUAAGGGAAUUGCAAAAUUUAGGCUAAACUAGCCAAACUAGAAAAACUCUCAUUCAAACUUGUUGGUUUUUUUUUAGAUCAGCUACUUUUUUGGAAUUUGCUAUCCUUGGAAGUUGCUUUUAAAUUUUGCCCAGUUAACUUUGUAAUGAAUCAUAUGUUUAAUUUGUAUCAUAUGUGUUUGUUAACAGUGAUAUAUGGAUUAUGUGAUUGUACAUGUGCUUUACACAGUUAUUUCCAAGAUGCACUCACUGGAGUGAGACACCUCCUGUUACACCCUUGGGGCUGGGAUGGCAGCUGCACUGCCAGAUAGCCAGCAAAAGAGCACUCUUCACUCUCACCACCUAUGUAUUGCAAGCAUCUGUGAUGGCAUCACAGGGGUGGAACUAUAUAGUUUGCACAAGUGCUUAUGGUGUUGUUUAAUUUGCUGUAGUUUCCAUGCAGUGAAUAUCUGUGAAUCUCAUUCGGUCAGGGUAAUGCCACUGGUCACCGAUUGAAUGCAUUUAGGUUGAUGACCUUGUCAGCACAAGAGUUACUUCCAAACUGUAAAGGAAGUUUCAAUGGAUCAUAUCAUUCCAUUACACGGGGAGGGGGUGAAGGAAUGUACUGUAACAUUUCACUGUUAAUAUUACAUUAGAAUUCCAGAGAUUGAUACAGAUUGCUAUAGCAGUUGUAAAUAUCUGUAGUUAGGAAAUAUAUAAGUUAACUAUGUACUGUAUGUGGAAAUUGUGAUCAAAUACACAAAAAUAAGUCCUGUGCUUAGACUCCCACACUACUUACAUGCAUAGGGAUUUGGAAUAGCGCACAAGUAACUUUUUUCUUUUUUUUUGUGAUCAAAUGCAGACCGUUUUUUGCAUUCUGUUGUCAUUUCAGUACAAGCUGUUACAUUCGGUUGUCAUUUUUAGUACCAAUUUUUUCUAUACAGCUUUUAUUUUUCCCUUAAUGUUUUAUAGUGGUAGAUAUUACCUACUCUGUGUUUUGCUUUUUAUUUAAAGUAAAGUUUUUUGUAUAUGAAAGUAUUGGGGCUGGCUGCAUUACUUCAUUAGAAUAUAUAAAAUGUAGCGUUAUCAGGACGCACAGCAGCAUGAGAAUUUGUAUCGUAAACUAAACUCAUAGUCACAAAUGUAUUCAUAAAACUACGCUCUUGAUUUUUAAUAUUAAUUAUGUUUCGGAUUAAGUAACUUAACUAUAAUAUUCGGAAUACUAUAAAAGGACUUUAUGUUUCUGACACCGUGUUAGGUUUACAGUACGUGCUACAUAGCUGCUUUAAAAAUAAACAUAUUACAUAGAACAUAGUUAUCAGCAAAAAUCAGCACGGUUUUAUGAAGCACAGGUCAUGUCAAACUAACUUGAUUGCAUUCUACGAAGAAGUAAGUAGAAGUAUAGAUCAGGGUGUUGCAGUGGAUGUGAUCUGUUUGGAUUUUGCCAAGGCAUUUGAUACAGUUCCAUACAGUUCAAACUCAAGGAAAUCGGUCUAGAUGAAAAUGCUUGUUCUAGGGUAGAACAUUGGCUUAAAAACAGAGAACAAAGAGUUGGCAUUAAUGGGACAUUUUCAAGCUGGACAGAGGUGGCAAGUGGUGUCCCUCUGUUCUGGGACCCCUUCUAUUUAACAUGUUUAUAAAUGUUGAAGACAGCAUUGAAAAUUGUGUUUCAGUGUUUGCAGAUGACACAAAUAUUUGUAAAAUAAUACAAUGUGAGCAAGAUAUUAUGUUGCUGCAGAGGGAUUUAGAUAGACUGGGGGACUGGGCACUCAAAUUGCAGAUGAAAUUUAAUAUUGAAAAAUGCAAGGUUAUGCACUUCGGCAUAAAGAAUACACAAGCAACGUAUACCCUUAAUGGAAGCGAAUUAGGGAUAACAACACACGAAAAGGACUUGGGAAUUGUUAUAGACAACAAACUAUGCAACAAUGUGCAAUGUCAAUCAGCAGUGGCCAAGGCCAGUAAGGUAUUGUUCAUUAUAUCAACGUAUCUACACUAACAUGUAUACUUUUUACUUUUUGCAUUAAUACAAAUAUAAAGUGCAAAAUAGCUUACUGUGAUUGAGUAUAGGUUCCAUUUCUAAUAUAUAUUUCAUUGGACUAAUAGGGCUACAAUCUCUACUCUAUAUAUAUAAACACAUUAAACUUGUAUUAAAUAAAUACAAUAAAACAAACUUCUCAGUCGUGCAGUUCUCCAUUUAUACCUCUGAGCGCCGCUGUUUGACCAAUAAGGAGAAGAAUACAGAGCUGGAGAUCCACUGAUAUUUCCAUCACUAACACACACUGCAGAUCUGCAAGAAGAAACACAGCCAUUUUUGGAUUCUCUCACAAACAAAGCACUUUGUAUGAGGUUGGAUUUCCUUGAAGAAGUGAAGUCAGCAGUUAAUGUUUUUAAGUGGAUUUUAAGUGGAUUACAGACAACUGGAAAUCUAAAAGAAAAUUAUUCCCAGAGAUCAAAACCAAUAGAAAUGGCUGUGAUGAAACCUCAGGAUUCACAAAAACACAAAGGAAUGAAAUGGCAAGUAAUAUUUUCAUUCUUAUUUUCAUGGCUUUGUCAUUCAGUCUCUGGUCAGCUUCAUUAUUCCAUUGCUGAAGAAAUGAGAAAAGACUCUGUUAUAGGAAAUAUUGCAAAAGACCUUGAUUUAGAUAUUAAGCAGCUCUCAUUUAGAAGGUUUCAUAUUGUUUCACGUGUUUCAGAAAAAUAUUUUUCUGUCAAUUUGCAAGCUGGAGAUUUACAUGUUAAAGACAGAAUAGAUAGAGAGACACUGUGUGGGGCAGUAGCUCCCUGCUUAUUAAGCUUUGAUGCAGUGGUUGAUAAUCCUUUAACUGUUUUUCCUGUCACCAUUGAAAUUCAGGAUAUUAAUGAUAAUUCUCCCAUAUUUUUUCAUGAAACCAUUACCCUGGAAAUUAUUGAAUUUACUUCACCUGGAACACACUUCAUUUUGCAAAAUGCAGGCGAUCCAGAUAUUGGCAUUAAUUCUGUACAAACAUACAAACUCAGUGAUAAUCGGCAUUUUACACUUAGAGAAAAAUUCAGAACUGAUGGCAGUAAAUUUCCAGAACUUGUUUUAGAGAAACCUUUAGAUCGGGAGACACAAAAUAUUCAUGAAUUAAUUUUAUCAGCACUGGAUGGAGGAAAUCCUAUUAGAUCUGGAACUACUCUAAUCAAGAUUAUUAUAACUGAUGGAAAUGAUAAUUUUCCAAUAUUUACUGAAGAAAUCUAUAAAGUGAGUGUAAGUGAAAAUGUACCAAUUAACUUUAUGCUGCUUAAAGUUAGUGCAACUGAUCAAGAUGAAGGUUCCAAUGCACAGGUCACAUAUUCACUUGGAAAAAUAUCUGGAAAUGUACUUUCAGCUGGGAUGUUUAAAAUUAAUGCUACCAAUGGAGAAAUAACAACAAAUCAAAAAUUUGAUUUUGAAGUUGCACGAUAUUAUGAAAUGUCUAUAGAAGCAAAGGAUGGUGGUGGGCUUGUGGCCCAUUCAAAGGUUUUAAUAGAAAUCAUAGAUGAAAAUGACAAUGCUCCAGAGAUAUCAAUUACCUCAUUAACAUCUCCUAUUCCUGAGGAUUCAGCUCCAGGGACACGGAUAGCAGUGAUUGAAGUUCAUGAUCAAGAUUCAGGAGAAAAUGGAAAUGUUGACUGUCAAAUCAUUGGGAAUGCAAAUGCACCCUUUCAGUUAAUAUUGUCAUCAAGUAAAUAUUACAAAAUUGUUACAACAGAUACAAUGGAUAGAGAGAAAGUAUCAUGCUAUAAUAUUACAAUUUUAGCAACUGAUAGAGGAUCUCCUCCGCUUUCUAUUACACAAGAAAUCAGGUUGGAUAUAUCGGAUAUUAAUGACAAUCCUCCAUUAUUUACAAACACUGCAAAUGUUGCAUAUGUCCCCGAAAACAAUUUACCGGGAGCCUCAAUAUACAGCAUACAGGCUUCUGAUUUAGAUUCUGGAGAGAAUGCUAAGAUUAUUUAUUCAAUUUUAAGUAUAAACACAGAAGAUAUACCUGUAUCAUCUUAUCUUUCCAUUAAUAUAGAGACUGGAGUUCUCUACGCUCAGAGAUCCUUUGAUUAUGAGCAGCACAAAGAGUUUCAACUACAAGUAACUGCGAAAGAUAAUGGAUCACCAUCUUUGAGUAGCAACACAACUUUACUUAUCCGCAUCAUAGAUCAGAACGAUAAUGCACCUAAAAUUUUGUACCCUUCUUCAGGAAGUAUUGAUUCAGUUUCCUUUGAGAUGGUCCCUUUGGCAACCAAAGACGAUACGUUAAUAACUAAGGUUGUUGCAGUGGAUGCUGACUCAGGACAUAAUUCUUGGCUCUCUUAUCAUUUCAUACAAGUGCCAGAACCAUCUCCCUUCAGCAUUAGUCAGCACACAGGUGAAAUACGGACAGUACAUAUGUUUGAACACAAAGAUGUUUUGAAAUAUAAGGUUAUAGUUUUGGUGAAAGACAAUGGAGUCCCCUCUCUCUCAGCAUCUGUAACCUUAAGUUUUAUUUUUGCAGAUUCCUUCCAACAAGUGGUUCCCAAACUUACUAAUCAAUUAAGUGAUGAGGAUUCCUCAACCAAUUUACAAAUGUAUUUAGUAAUUGCAUUGGCUCUUAUUUCAUUUUUGUUUAUUUUAAGUGUAAUGAUGGUUAUCAUUUCCAAAUGUAAAGAGUCAAAAUCUUCUCCAGCCUUUGGAUCUUUUAGUACUAAUCUGUAUUCUCAAGUGGAUCCCAAAAUUAUGUCCCAAUAUAAUAAUGGAACUUUGCCUCCAUACUCAUAUAAUGUAUGUGUGGCUCUGGAUUCAAGUGAAAGUGAUUUUACAUUCAUCAAACCAAAGCAAGAUGUUCCCACAGACAACCUUAUUGAUGCUGAUGACUCUGGACUUGGAAAUGAAGACUUGAAAGAAACAUCUUCAAACUGUUUUGUAAAGGUAAGUACUGGAUAGUACAGCAUUAGAGUUUGCUAUUUUAAAAAUAUGUGGAUAUAUGUCAUAACAAUAUAUUUAAAAAUCUAGCUUAUUACUAUAUGAUAAGAAUAAGGUCCAAUAUUAGAGGAAAUUGGUUGGUAAAGUUCUACUUAGAAGUUACCAAUGGCAUUUAUUUGUUUAGUUUUUUUCAAUCUUUAUACCAAUGGUAUUUAUGUGACAUGGUUGUACUUAGAUUGACUUGAAUUUCUGGUAAACCUAAUACUCAUUUUUUUUUUAUUUGUCAGACUGGAAUAAAGGUAAGAUUUUACUAUAUUUAGAGGGGCAAAAGGAGUCAAGUUGACAAGUUAUAGUGUUCCUUUAAGUUUGAAAUUCAUUUUGAAUUCCUAGCAAUUUGGACUUUAGUAAAUAACCUUGUAAAUGAUGUGCUGGAACAGGGGCCAUACAGGGUUGGUUAAUAUACCACGUAGUAGGGACCUUGAGUUACUAAAGUGACUUUUUCAAGUUUCAAGGCCAAACUGAAAGGAUCGCUGAAUUAGAGAUUAUUUCUGAUUUGACUAAUUUGACCUUAAAUUUGAAAUUCACUUUGAAUUUUCAGUUUAGUGAAUAACCAUGAUAGACACACAAAGCAUGAGAAUUAAAUACUUGUUAGUUCUACUUUGUUUUGGACAAUAUUGUUUGGUUUAUCAAUAAUGUAUUAUCUACAUAAACAGAUACAGAGAUUCAGGAGUCUAUAGCAUAGUUUGUUUUGUUAUAAAAAACAAUAAUAAUAAUAAUAAUAAUAAUAAUAUUUACUUGAAUCAUACCUGCCUAAAUAGCAAUGCAGGAUAACAAAGCUAUUGUCUGUAUGAAUUGCUGUUCAUGGAUACUAUAUUAAAAUUGGGUAAAUGUACAUGGUAUAGAUUUACGCAGAAGUGGGAUAAAAAGUGGAGGUAUUUAUGGUGUCUUGAACAAAAAUUGUGGCCACGUCUUCGAAGAGUAUCACAUGGCAGGCAUACCAUGUAUAUGUUUAUAGUGUAAGCCUACCUGCCAGUCAAUCGAUCAUUUGGUUUCACUGCAGACCUAAGAUCAAAGACUGGUGGCCAGGCCUUCCUACAAUGUGUAUUUGAUCAUUGGCAGAUUAUUCCUGGUGAUCCAUUUGACAAUACUAGGCCAAGCCAGGUAGUGACUGAAACCCACAAGAGGAAGGGGUUAAAGGAGGGUGUUCAAGCCUUGGAUAACUUCUUGGACAAGCUGUGAUUGUUCUCUCACAUGACAGGAUUGGGGAAAUGGACUCUAAACUUCUUGGGUGUUGGCUUUUUUUUAAGAAGCUUAGUAUUGAACUAAAAUGAGGCAUCCCCUUAACAUUAAUCUUAUAUCUGGGAUAGCUCAUGAAAUUGCAGUCUUCUGGUGGGGUUGUUGAUGCCAGACAAUAAGUUGUAAUACUGUACAACAGUCAACAGCAAUUAAAAAAAAAGGGACACAAAAAUAUGAAGCAAGAACGUCUCCUUUGUUUUGUCCUAGCCAAAGAAGAUAUGUUAUAUCUGCAGAUUUUCUUUUAAUUGUAAUAAGCUUCUCUCUGAACUGAGAGUGUGGGUGCUCUUAUAACCAUAUACUUUGCAUUAACAGAAAUUGUUGUGGUGCUUUGACUGACCCAUGAUACCCACAUGCCCAUGCAAAGAGUAGACCCUCUGCUUAUUAUUUUGUUCAUACAAGCCAUUAUAAUUGAUGUGACACAUUUUUAUUAUAUUAAUAUUUACACAGCUGUGUUUAAUCUGUUAUAGUGUCUUUGCAUGCUUGCCACCAUCUCUGGCCCACAGCAUGUCUGAUCAUAGCUCAUACCCUACUACUGGUUCUGUUUGUUUAGCCUGAACAAACAACAUUACAAAUACUUUAGAGUGGUAGCUUGUCCAUAGAUACACUAACGGUCGCAUCCCACAAGAUAAUUGUUGUCAUAUUUAAAAAAAAAAAGAAUAAAAAUAAUUUAUUUCUAGUGGUAAAAUAGUAACCUGCUAACAUUGCUUCCUUUGGGAACGCUUUAACUUUUUCAUUAUAAAAGGUAAACAUACACCAUACAGAACUGCUGUAUCUUCCCCUUCCCUUAUUCUGUAUGGGACAAACUGACUCACUGAUAAUGAAUGAUGGCUUACUGUUUAUGUUGUUGAGAAUAACAGGGCAUGUUUGGAACUUUUGACCGAUUUGUGAAAUCUGUCUAGUCUGAAAGCACAUCAGACAUGCUCCAAGGGGUGAUUUCUGAAAAGCCCCAUACACACUUUGUAUUAUAGUUCAAAAGUCAUACAAUUGUAAACUGAUUAAUCAAAUUUCUAUUCCAAUGCUGUAUGUGUUUAUUGUCUUAAUAUAGUUAGUGAAUGACCUAACUUAAACUUGGACAAACUACAUCAGUUUAAUUUACUGGGUUUCUGUGGAGUGAACAGCAAGAGUGAAUAGCUUUAUUUACUUACUAUACAUGUAAAAUCACAUAUUAAUGUCCUUAGAUUUAAUAUGUCACUAUCAUCUCCUGCAUUCUCAAUGGUCUUUCACACUCCUAGCUAGCCCCACUAGAGGGACAAUGAAUUUUGCAACAAGGCUCAUCUUUCUCUCUAACAGUCCUUGCAUUGACUUCAUGUAAAAUAUAGGGCUCAAUUUAAAUGUAAAAUAAUUUUCCUCUCUUCAUAAUACUGCUCCUACCUACCUAUCCUCACUAAUACACCAGUAUGUCCCAUCCAGGCCCCUACACUCUGCUAAAGACCUGCAUCGAUCCUCUCUUCAUACUUGCAUCUCUGAAUCUUGUCUUCAAAACUUCUUUAGGGAAGCACCGUUCCUAUGGAACUCCCUUCCCUGCUCCAUCAGACUUUCACCCAGUCUCUAUCCCUUGUGAAUGGAAAGUCACUUUUAUCAAGAAGGCAUCUCAGUUAAACUGUUAACAGCUUUUCCUCCCCACACUUCCCAAUGCCUCACUAAUCCUUGAUUGUAAACUAAUCUACUACUUAUUCUAUUUUCCAUUACAUGAAAUACACCUGACCCUUACCUCUUUUGUCAUUUUUCCUUACUCGCCUCAGAAUGUAAGCUUAUUUGGGCAGGGGCCUCAGCACCUUCUAUUGCUGUACAUCCAACAUUUAUUUUUGCUACUACUCAUUUUUUAGUCCACCUAUUGUGUUGGUACUUUAUAAAAAUAAAGUUAUUCAAUUUAAACAAUGCUGUUAUAAAAAGUGUUUUAUGUAGAAAAUCACCCGACACUUUAAUGGUGACUUCUGUAGAUACAUCAUUUGGAAAGUUUUUUUAACAGUAUUGAAUAAUUUGUAAAUAUUGUUAAUUAUUUUAUUUUUUUUAACAAAAAUCAUAAUUUAAAAAAAUGGAUUCAUGUUAAACCCUGACUGAGUUUGUUAGUUAAAUAGUAAUCAUUCUUAACCAGUAGGCUAUAGAGGAACAUACAGAUUUUUACAGUUCAGUUUCAAUACCAGCUCUACUGAUAAUACGUCACCCAACAACAACACUGUGCGCCUUCUGGAAAUAUGGCUCCUGAUAUCACAGUGCCAGCACUGUGUGUGUCUGUUGUAGAAUGCUGCCAGACUAUCCCAGCUUUCCAGGUAUAGUUUCAUCACAGUCUUACCCUGUGUCCUCAAGUCUUUUUAACUCUGAAUUUUCUGUGCUGACAAUCGUAAUAAUUUCAUAUUUUAACAAAAUAUUGCAUUAGAACAGUAAUAACAGAAUUCAAUAACCUGAGUAGUGUUCUACAUACUAUGUAAACAUAAUUAUAUGUUUUUAACUCUUGCAACUCUGGCCCUUUAGCUAUUUUAAUAUUUUACAUGAGUCAAAUAGAUUAGGAGGUGGGGUAGUAGAGUUUCAAAAGAGGGAAGUGAGGCGGGGCGGAGCCAACAGCCGAGCCGACCGGUCGCAACUCCAGUGAGCUCCGAGAAAUAAAAGCACUAAAAGAAAUAAAAGAAACAAGCAGAUUAACCCCAACCAUCUAGGCAGCAAUGGGAAAGAAGAAUAAAAAACUAAAAUAGGACAUGCCACGACAAGGUGCGAGUAUUUGGGACCUAUGGCGGAGAGCACAUGGAGCCCAAGAGCCUAACAUGGCAGAUUAUACAGACUAUGUGGACGACUUCAAUAACUCCGAUGACCAAAUCUCGGACCAAGAAGAGGUGACCUUACCCGCUGCAUGACCGCCGACACAGCCCAAGACACAGUCGGUUGCUACACCGGUCACGAAGGCUGAGAUGCGGGAGCUGCUGGCAGAGCUCCAACGGGACAUCCAGGCCGACAUGACGGACAUGAGGAAAGAUAUCCAGGGCCUGUCGGACCGCAUGGGUGUUGUGGAGUGAGAUUCCAAUAACCACACACAGCAACUUACCACGCUGCAGCGAGACAUAGUCUCCCUACAACAGCAGCACCUGCAGGUGGAACAAAAAAUGGCGGUGAUGGAAGAUGCACGGCGUGCCCAAAACCUGAAGAUCAGGGGAAUAGCGAAAUCAGUCCCAGACGCUGAAGUACCUCACCUCAUAAGACGUCUGGUAAGGAAUAAGCAUAGACGGCACAUUCCGAAUACACAAACCCACGACAGCCCCACUAGCCGCACCCAGGGAUAUAAUAGUCAAACUUAAAAAAUGUCAAGACAAAAUAGCAAUAAUGGCCGCCACCAGGGGAAACACACCGUAUGCCUUUGAGGACAUGUCCCUCACGUUCUAUACGGGUCUGUCACGGGGAACAAUGGCAUGGCGCGCAACCCUCAGGCCACUCACCACCUUACUCCGUGCACACAGCUUCAAAUACCAGUGGCGCCCACCCCACAAACUACAGGUGCUUCAUGGAGACGCUACUUACUCAAUAGCCGACCUACAAGAGGCGAGAAUGACCCUAGCGACCUAGGGCCUCCCACAAGAUGACCUGCAGCAACCAAACAAACCCGCUAACACCCACGCAUGGAACCCGGCCACCUCCGAGACAUUUGUCCCAAGAAGAUCCACCCAAACAGUAAUGUCAACGGGCCAAACAUGUGGACUUGAGGAUCUGCACCACCCGCUCAUUGCUGUUCCUUGGGGUAUACAACAUGGACACGGACAAGUUUUGUCACUACACUGUAUUGCCAUAUCAAUCUACCCAAUGUAAAUGCCUACUGUAGAUCCCCUGGCACCGCACGAAGGAGCCUGGUUUUAUAUAUAUAUAUAUGAUUAUGUUUAUAUGUUUAUAUGUUCACAUGUUUACCUGUCCCUAAAUCAGUAGACCGUUACAAAUUGCCUACUGCGCACCCUGCGCUACCCUUAAUAGGGCGGAAGCCCCAUUUACCAAUGGCAAAAGGGCUGACCAUACUCUUAGGCACUAUGCCUACAAAGCAUCACAACCUAGAUGUUAAGAAACUAAUAUCAAGCCUAGAGCUCAAACUUAAGUCGCUAAACAUACCUGGUAUCUAGACCAGUUCACUCCACAACACGCAUGAUGUGUUUAAAUGGCUCAAAAUCGUCUUAUUAUAAAAUAUAAAAUGUGCACUAUUUUCCGUGCCACUGUCAAUGCUGUAAUGAUUAACGCAUACGCUGUUGUGGAGUUACUGAUAUGCUCUGUAAACACAUGCACAAUAAAAAUACAGAAUUUAAAAAAAAAGAGGGAAGUGCAGUCAAUUUCCAUGCGUGACGACUGGCACCACACCAUCUUAAAACUUCACAAGUCACCACUUUCAGUUUGUAAGCGUGAAAAUACCUUUCUAAAUGUAAGGAUGGAGAACAGGGUUUAGCGUCUUCAUGCUUUCCGUGGUCAACCCAGCCAUUGAGAACAGAAUUUGUGGAAGAAUUCUUGGGUCAGAGAUGAUGCAAAGACACUCCAAAUACAAGUCAUUGAAGAACAAAGGCAGUGUAUUGUUUUGCAGCUGCAAAAGUCUCAGUUUAGAAUACCCGACUGAGCAAGCGUUUACAAGAGAACAAAGAAUAUAUACCACAAAUGACGUAUUCCAUUCGUAUACAAAGAAUAUAAAAAUUAGACCCACAUUACAAUAGUUACAUCCAAUUAUUAAACUAAAACUUAUAUCUUACAUUUGUUAUCUAAUAGUGGGCGUUCCUGACAUUCCACACCUGCGCCCUCGUUCAAGAUAGUUGCACAGUAGUUUUAACCAUGUGAGUACUGAACUUUUUAAAAACAUCUUGUAACUUCUACCAUAAAUUAACACCCUUUGCACAACUCCUGAUAUGGGUUUUUGAAGAAUUUUGGGUGAUGGCACCCUUAGUACAAAGCUCUACUUUGUGGAUCUGUUUUCAAUUAAGGGAUUAUAAAUAUAAAUUUGACAAAAUAAUCAAAUACCAAGACCUUUCUUUUAAUCUAGAUUAUCUGUUAACUGGAACAACUGUAAAGAUUGAGUCCAAGGUAAUAGAAAUAAUAAUUUGUGUCAAUACACCAGAUGAUGGUAUUAUUUUGCAUACAACCAUAAUAUAAAAGACCAUAAUAAUAAUUGUAAUAUAUUGUUCAGUACUAGAUGUUUCUAUUUCACUGCUUUGCUUUUUUCAAGUUAAAGGGUUAACCUGAAGUCAAAUUAAAAACUGUUUUUGGUUGUAGUAAUCUUUUUUUACUUUUUAAUCCUGUUACAAAAUUAAAAAGAAAGGCCUGUAACCCUGGGCAAAGGACAAGUUCUUCUACAACUCAAAUAUUUUUUGCAGAGGGAGGAAUGUCAAGGGGAACAGAGAUAUGACUAGGUGGCACAGAGCUGGGCCAUGCUGCCAUGAGUCAUCUGUUGCAAGCAUGCUGUGUGUGCUGUUGACUGAUGCCAAAUAUGCACAGAAUCAACAUUAGCCAGCCUAGAGUUGUUCCAAGCUAGGUUGACACUGCCAUUUGGAGUUACACCUCAAGUAGCAAAGGGCUAAAACACUGUACGUGCAAUGUUUCAAAAUGAAAUGCUGCACAUACAGACGCCAAGCACCAUGAGCACAUCAAAAUCACUGAAAUAUACUGAUAUUUUAAUAUUUUGAAAAAAAUAAUUUUAAGAGUUUAUUUAAAAAUAUUAGUUUAUUUGAAAAGCCUAUCCAAAAAUAUUAAAUUGGUGCCAAGUAUGUUUACUCUUUUACAACUAAACUAUGAUUGCAUUAUAAAUGUGCGGUCACUAUGUGCUCUUUAUGAUGUUUUAGAAACAAAAUAAUAAUUACAGGAUAUUUUACUCAAACCCAACGUUAAUAAUUAUACAAUAUUUGGAAAAUACCAUACUUUAGCUAUCUAAAAAAAAAAACCAACCUUUAUAAUAGUGUAGUUCUUCAUUUAUACCUCUGAGCGCCGCUAUUUGACCAAUAAGGAGAAGAAUAUGGAACUAGAGAUCCACUGAUAUUUCCAUCAGUAACACACACUGCAGAUCUGCAAGAAGAAACACAGCCAUUUUUGGAUUCUCUCAUAACCUGAGCACAGUCUAUAUGCUUAUAUUUUAAAUAGACAUUCAUUCAGAAUCGUUUGCUGUACUUUCAACUGGAUUACAAAUAAAUUGUCAAACAAGGAAAACAUUUACUUUGAAAAUAGCUGAGAUGAAAAUUCAGGAUUCUCAGAAAUACAAGUGGAUCAUAUGGCAAGUAAUAUUUUCCUUCUUAUUUUCAUGGCUUUGUCAUUCGGUAUCUGGUCAGCUUCAUUAUUCCAUUGAUGAAGAAAUGAGAAAAGACUCUGUUAUAGCUAAUAUUGCAAAAGACCUUGAUUUAGAUAUUAAGCAGCUCACAUUUAGAAAAUUUCAUAUUGUUUCACGUGUCUCAGAUAAAUAUUUUUCUGUAAAUUUGGAUAAUGGAAACAUAUAUGUUAAAGACAGGAUAGAUAGAGAGACACUGUGUGGGGCAGAAGAUCACUGCUUACUAACCUUUGAUGCAGUGGUUGAUAACCCUUUAAAUGUAUUUCCUAUUACUAUUGAAAUUCAGGAUAUAAAUGAUAAUUCUCCAUAUUUCCAUGACAUUAUUACCUUAGAAAUUAUUGAAUUCACUUCACCAGGAACACAUUUUAUGUUACAAAAUGCUGAAGAUCCCGAUAUUGGUAUUAAUUCUGUACAGACAUACAAGCUCAGUGAUAAUCAGCAUUUUACACUGAGUGAAAAGACCAGCACUGAUGGCAGCAAAUUUCCAGAACUUGUCUUAGAGAAACCUUUAGAUCGGGAGACACAAAACAUUCAUGAAUUAAUAUUAACAGCACUGGAUGGAGGAAAUCCUAUUAGAUCAGGCACUGUUUCCAUAAAGGUUAUUGUUACUGAUGCAAAUGACAAUUUUCCAAUAUUUACUCAAGACGUUUAUAAGGCGAGUGUAAGUGAAAAUGCUCCAGUCAACUCUACACUCCUUUAUGUUACUGCAACUGAUCAGGAUGAAGGUUCUAAUGCACAGAUCACAUAUUCUUUUAGAAAGAAAACAGGAAAUGUACACUCUACUGAGAUGUUUACAAUUAAUGCUAUAAAUGGUGAAAUUAAAACUAAUGGAAAAUUAGACUUUGAAACAGUGAAACAUUAUGAAAUGUCUAUACAAGCAAAGGAUGGUGCUGGGCUUGUGGUCCAUUCUAAAGUCUUAGUAGAAAUAAUAGAUGAUAAUGACAAUGCCCCUGAGAUAUCCAUCACCUCAUUAACUACACCUAUUCCUGAGGAUUCCGCUCCAGGAACACGGAUAGCAUUGAUUGAAGUUCAUGAUCAAGAUUCCGGAGAAAAUGGAGAUGUUGAUUGUCAAAUCAUUGGGAAUGUUCCCUUUGAGUUAAUACAUUCAUCUAGUAAGUAUUACAAAAUUGUUACAAGAAAUGUCAUGGACAGAGAGAAAGAAUCAUCUUAUAACAUUACAAUUCUAGCAACUGAUAAAGGAUCUCCUCCACUUACCACAACAAAAUUCAUUAAGUUGGAUAUAUCAGAUGUUAACGACAAUCCUCCAGUAUUUACAAAAUCUACAUAUAUUGCCUAUGUUGCAGAAAAUAAUUUACCGGGAGGCUCAAUAUACAGCAUACAUGCUUCUGAUCUAGAUUCUGGAGAAAAUGCCAAGGUUAUUUAUUCAAUAUCAAGUAUUAAUACAGAAAACACUUCAGUAUCCUCUUAUCUAUCUAUUAAUGUAGAGACUGGGGUUCUCUAUGCUCAGCGAUCAUUUGAUUAUGAGCAACACAAGGAGUUUCAACUACAAGUAACUGCCAAAGACAAUGGAUCACCAUCUAUGAGUAGCAGUACAACAUUACAUCUCCACAUCAUGGAUCAGAAUGAUAAUUCACCAUUCAUUUUGUUUCCAUCACCAGAAAGUACUGAUUCAGCUUACUUUGAGAUGGUCCCUUUGGACUCCAAAGAAGGGACCAUAAUAACCAAGGUGGUUGCCGUAGAUGCUGACUCAGGACAUAAUGCGUGGCUCUCUUAUUUCAUACAAGCAUCAGAACCUUCUCCCUUUAGCAUUAGCCAACAAACAGGUGAAAUAAGGACAUCACGUAUCUUUGAACAGAAGGAUGUUUUAAAAUAUAAGCUGGUAAUUUUGGUAAAAGACAAUGGUGCCCCUUCUUUGUCAGCAACAGUAACCUUAAGUUUUAUUGUUGCAGAUUCUUUUCAACAAGUGGUCCCCAAUUUAACUAAUCAACUCAGUGAUGAAGAUUCUCCAUCCAGUUUACAAAUGUAUUUAGUAAUUGCUUUGGUACUGAUUUCCUUUUUGUUUAUUUUAAGUGUUAUGUUGGUUAUCAUAUCCAAAUGUAAAGAGUCAAAAUCACCUCCAGUCUUUGGAUCUCUCAGUACCAAUCUUUAUUCUCAAGUGGAUCCCAGAAUGCUUUCCCAAUAUAGUAAUGGAACUUUACCUCUGCCAUACUCAUACAAUGUGUGUGUGGCUCUGGAUUCAAGUGAAAGUGAUUUUACUUUUUUAAAACCAAAGCAAGAUGUCCCCAUAGACAAUCUUAUUGAUGCUGAUGAUUCUGGACUAGGAAAUGAAAACUUGACAGAACCAUUACCUUCUAAUAGUCUUGAGACGGUGAGUGAUGAUUACUGGAUUAAAACAGGAACGUUUAACAUAUAAUAUGCUUGAUGGCAGGGAAUCUCUAACUUGUUUUUGUGGUUUAUAUAAUAUAUUUUUGUUAAAAACUAAGUUGUAAAAAAAAAUAUUUUAUAACAGUCUUGCAAAGGUGAGUACUUUUAAAAUGCAAACAAAUACUUCUAAAAUGCAAAUUCAAAUUGGGAUAUUUCUAAUAGGCUCAGUGAAAAAAUGAUAGAGCUACAGAUGGAUGGUUGGAUACUUUGCAGAAAAUGUGGCUUUUGAACAACUUUCGAAAGAAAUAUAUGAGUAUUUAAAUCAUGUGCAUACAAUUAACUAUCUUUAUGUUUUGCAUUUUUUGGGGAAAUAUAUUGAAACAAUAUGCAUCUGGCACCAUGCAAAAAAAUCAAGUAAUAUUUCAUGGUGUGCUUUCAAAUGCAUUCUUCCACAAGCUUGUUGACAUCAAUACAGACGCAUGUGUCAUGCCUUGUAUGGAAUUGUGUAUCCUAUUAAAUCUAGGUGUUUUAGUAUAUUCAGAAUGUUAACAUAAUUUAGCAGGUCAUUAUAAUCAUAGGAACCAUGGUUCUAAGAUCAUCCAUCUUCUCAAUGCGAAGCGAGGCAACUAAAUUAGUAUCAGUGAUGUACAGAACAUCACAGAGACGCAUGUAUGUCAUUCAGUUUUUACAGGAAUGAAGCAAGAAUAGAUCUACAAAGCUAGCAAUCAAUACUUGCCACUGAUAUGAAUAGUAGGCUUUCUUGCUGAACUUUUCUAAAAUCUUUGAAAGUUGUACAAUUUCCACACAGUAGUCUGUCUUAAGUAUAUUCUUUAAAUCAUCAGAAUUUAAAGAGUAAAAUAAUACAACCAAUGGGUGCUUUUAGUAAAGAAUUUAAUUGUAUUCAAAGCCAGAAGGUGAAAGUUUGAUGGAGGCCCUUAACACUGUCUUCAUUAACGAUUCAGGUCAAUUUACUAAACAGUAAGUUUGUUUGCCGAACUGAAUUAAGCAUAUACCAUUCAAGUUAGUAGAUACUUAGGCAGUGUUCCAAUACCUACAAUGAACUUAUCGAGGCCUGGAUAGGUACCCUGUGCGUACUGUAUAGAGACGGGUAAAAGUGAGUGAUGUUGCAUUAGAUUGCUUACAGGUGGCAACGUAUAUCUUAAGGCCAUCUAUCUAUGUAAUCAACCCAUGGAGUCCAAGUCUGAUGAUAUUUAUCAGUGAUUCCAAUUAGCUUUGCAGUCAGGGACUGUAUCGCAUAAGUCUCCUCUGACUUCUCAAUCUACUGCUAGAGGGUAGGCAAACACAGUUUUUUCAACAUCUUUGGGCUCUUUGGGAUGAGGGAUUUGGGCAAAUUUAAAAAAUGUUUAGUUGAUGAUUUUUUUGUAUUGGUAUAUUGGAGCUUUUAUAUGAUACAGAAGCAUUAACAAAGGUUGAAAUGAGAGGUCUGUAUCUAUGAUUAUUUUGGAAUGGAUCAAUUUACAAUAUGGGGCUAUCUCCGAGCAAGUCCACCAAAUGUAUAAGCUUGUGCUGAUUUCCUCCCCACACCUCCAGCAGAUAUCAUUAACCCCUGCACACAUCUGGGUGAGCUUGUCAGGUGUCGUGUACCAUUGCAUUGGCAAUUUAUAGUUAAAUGCUUGGGUUUUUGAGCAUAUCGCACUUUGAUGAAAGAGUAUAAAAAUUUUCUCACAAUACUUCACAUUGAGUGUCAACAAGCUCUUGGUCUCCCACUUAUAAACAAAUAUAGGAGGCACCAGCGGUACGGUGGUCAGGUUCUCUAAGUACAUAGUCAAGAUUCCCCUAGGCAAAUGUAAUCUAAAUGUAAAGAGAGCAUAGGUCUUCAAACCUGUUAAGUUCCUGUGUACAUUGUGUUUGCCAUGGAGUGACAAAUAGUAUCUUUGCAUUUGACAUGUUCUGAAUCAGUCUAAACUUGUAGGUGAGCCUUCUGGCAACAAUUUGGGUAACUAUCUAAGUAAUUUCUGGAUACAGAAUUGCUUCCGAUGUAGCCAACCACCUAAGUCAAAACUUCCAGAGAGGAACCUAUCAACGGGUGUUGAGUGAUCAGGUGUUUGACCACUGCUCUAUCUGUCUAUAUCAGCGAGAGAAGUUUAUUCUCCACCUGUGAGAGUUCCAUUGGAACCCAUUGUUUAGGGGAUCUUGUCAUGUGCCAAUGAAGUAUUCGGAGGAGAUGGGUUGCUUGAUAUUUCUGUAUUUUCUUGUAAAGAAGGCAACCGAAUUCCACCUAAUCGUUUUGGGAGUAUUAGUUGUGCUCGUUUGACCCACACAAAUCCCCUUUUCCAAAUAAAUCGGAGGAUGGUGUUGAGUAACUUAAAAUGCAUCCUAGGGAUCUUUAUAGGAAUCGUCUGAAACAAAUAAAGCAGUCUGGGGAACGGUCUGUAUUAAGCAUCCAUAGCGAUAUGGACUAGCAUUUUAGCCCCAUUCCCUUUUAAAUAAAUCGGAGGAUGGUGUUGUAACUUGGAAAAAUGCAUCCUAGGGAUCUUUAUAGGAAUCGUCUGAAACAAAUAAAGCAGUCUGGGGAACGGUCUGUAUUAAGCAUCCAUAGAAAAGGAAGGAAAUGAUUUUGAUACAAGUAACGCAGGUUAUUUGAUAACCAGAUCCCUUAAUAUCUAAGGUGGUCAUCUUGUCAGGCAAAAUGGAACUGAGACCAGAGGUGUGCGGUCAGUCAUUUAGGUAGUGAAAUUCUGGUUUGUCCAGGAUAUAUUUAAAGAGAGACAGUAUAUGGAUUGAGAACAGUAGGAGACCAAGGAGGGGAUGCGGAGAAAAGGAAAAGCCAGAAAAGGCUAUAAAAAGCUAUAUUUGAACAAGCAAGCCAAAUGCAUCCUAGGGAUCUUUAUAGGAAUCGUCUGAAACAAAUAAAGCAGUCUGGGGAACGGUCUGUAUUAAGCAUCCAUAGAAAAGGAAGAAAUGAUUUUGAUACAAGUAACGCAGGUUAUUUGAUAACCAGAUCCCUUAAUAUCUAAGGUGGUCAUCUUGUCAGGCAAAAUGGAACUGAGACCAGAGGUGUGCGGUCAGUCAUUUAGGUAGUGAAAUUCUGGUUUGUCCAGGAUAUAUUUAAUGUAUGGGAGAAGUAGGUUGCUAGAAUAGUUUACAAUGAAGUUUGCAAUAGAACAGGUGAACAGGAAGAUGAGCCUCACCACAGCAUUCAUUAUACACUAUAGUGGGGCAAGCUGGGAAUGCAUAAUGGCAAUUGGUAGUCAAGGCAAGAGAGUAUAGCGAUAUGGACUAGCAUUUUAGCCCCAUUCAGUGUUAGAUAGGAGUGGAUGCAAACAAUGUUUUUGAGAUGGAAGCAGCAGGAUUUGCGUGUUACCUGCAUAGAAGUGAUAUUGGAGGCUUUGAAGAAGCUGAUGAGAUUAUAAAGAGAGACAGUAUAGAUUGAGAACAGUAGGAGACCAAGGAGGGGAUGCGGAGAAAAGGAAAAGCCAGAAAAGGCUAUAAAAAGCUAUAUUUGAACAAGCAAGCCAAGUCUACUUCUAUAGUGACAGACAUUUCAUUGUUGCCAUUUCUGUUAAUCUUUAUUUGAACAAGCAAGCCAAGUCUACUUCUAUAGUGACAGACAUUUCAUUGUUGCCAUUUCUGUUAAUCUUUAUUAUUGUUGCCUUCACGUUACACUGUACACAAGUUGGGGUCUAUUUAGUACAUACGUUUUGUAACACAUGAACAACACGUACAAUACAUUUGUAACACAUGAACCAAAACAGCCAAGUUUGAAUCAUUUUUCAUUUUAUCAGAACCUAAAGUAUUUUUUAAACUCUCAUAAUGAUCCCUUUGAGUAUUGUUUAGUAGACUUGGGCAUUAUUUUUCAAACAAAUUGCAAUUCAUCCAAAUUAUGGGAAAUUAGCAGGUCAUCCAAAUUCUGUAACCCUGAAUUGCCAUAUAACCAAAUCAUGAAGCAAAAAAUGAAACCAUCAAAGGAUGAACAGUUUUGAUUGACUUGUGAUUCACUACCAUCUGUUGCACCAAAAAAAGAGGGGAUUGAUGGGGAAAAAAGAUGAUUGAUGGUUAGGGGACAGCUACUAAAUUUCAUUUACAGAUCAAGUGUGAAGGGAACAAUAGAGUAAAUGGAUGAGCAGUAAAAAAGAUAUAUAUAUAUAUAUUAUAUAUCUUAAAAAUAAUAUAAAUAUAUACAUGGAUUUUUGUUUACUGCUCCUCUUUUUUUCCUUCUAUUGGUUACUUCUUCUCACUUGAUAUGUGAACCAAAUAGUGGGAAAAUCAGUGUACUGCAAAAUAUAUACAUAUUAUUUAUAUAAUGCUUAUAUUAUCCUGAAUUGUUUGCAAGGAUAAAAAUUGUCCGAGUCAAAACCCUACAAGGAUGAAUCUCCUGAACUAAUAACUUUUUUCGAACGAAUCGGUUUGGCUGAACCAAUUUAUUUUUUUGUUCACAAGUCUAUUGUUUAGCUGAUAGUGAUGAGUUAAAAAUGAUCAACUUUGCACAGGCUUCACUUUUAUCAUUAUUGUUAGUCACAUGAUCUUAAGAUCACGUGGUUAGUGACAAAUGAAACAAUUUUAUGAGCUUUGUCAUUAUGUCACAGUGGUGAUGUUGAUACGUGACAUGACUGGCAUUGUCCUAUUGUGAUCCCAAAUCAUCUGGCUAUAUGUGUGUGGUCAGUGUCAUGGUGGCAUGGUGUAUCUAGUAUUUUAUUUUGCUCCUCUAUAUUGUUAAAUUGGAUAUAAGCUGACAUAUGGGUCAAUUUAUUCAAAAGUGUUGUUAGUGGUUUAUCAGUUAUUUUAGUUUUUGAAUUUGGUAAGGUAAAAUGUAUCCAAUAAUGUGUAGAUUAACUUUAUCCAGAAUGAUAGUGAUCUCUUAACACAAAGUAUAGGGCCUAAUAAUAUACAAAUAAAACAGGUAGGUGUGAUUGCGUCAACUUGUUAAGGACUCCUCUGCACCUCUUACCAGGUAGAUAAUAAUCACGCAAUAGAUUUGAUCAAAGCCAAUAAGCUUAAUGAUUGAGCAUUCUGGAUGGAAGCAUGAGACCCUAUAAGCCUACAAUCAGAUCAUGGCAAUAUUACAGUAUAUUGGAAAUAGCAAGUAAUAUAGAUAAAAAUCAGUAUAAAGUAUAGCGUCUUCACAUGUCUUCUUCUAGAUCUUGUCUAGUUUGAUUAAAUAUUACUAUAAUAAAUGCAGUUUAUGUACUGAAAAUAUAGCUACAUUAUUAUUAAAAUGUUAAUUUAACACACUUUUAAUAUCAAUAUUUAAAUCUGCUAUAAAUAACUUGUAAAUCCAUAAUUGUAUGUUUAAAUGAGGAAAUACCAACUUUUUUAAUUUGAGUAUUCUGUUUUGUUUGUUUCCACUGUGGACAUUACCAUUUACUUCUUGAAAUCUAGGACUACCAUACUUUUAUUUUAUAACAACAUAACAAAAAAGCAGUCAUAUAAAUAGUGAUUCCCAAACCAGUCCUUAUGGCCCACCACCAAUACAGGAUUUAUGUAUUUCCCUUUUUUUAUUCCAAUGGAGAUGCUGACAAAAAACUGGACCGUUACUGGAUCGUGAGGACUGGUUUAGGAAACACUGAUAUAAAUAUCAGUUUUAAAUGUUUUUAUAUAAUAAUUUGAUAUGGUGGGGACACAUCAGGGUUUAUUCACAAAAUUCUGAAAUUCUUGUGAGACUUAAAAUCGCAAAACAUUUCUAAAAUUGCAAAAUGUACACAAUAGUAAGCAAUUUGUGACUAUAGCUGAGUUGGCACAUUUCUCCAAAUCAACAAUUUUAGGCAACAUGUUGAGAUUCGGAUUUCAGUUUGAUAGAAACCAUAAAUAAUUCCCAUCUCCAAGUUGUAUUGUACAACAAACCAAUCUGCAACAUUGACCUUUUUAUAAAAAAUGUUGUUUUAACUUUAUGCAUUGGAUGAUAAUUUACAGUUUACUGUUGGGUUCAUUCAUUAAAUUCUGUAUUUAAUGAAUGACUACAGUACAGAAUUAUAGUCAACUGAAAACGGAGUAUAGGCUAAAAUAGCCCAUUUGAGACUACAAUUGAGUUGGAACUAUUUUCCAAAUAAGUAUUUUUGCUUAUAUUUUGCAAUUCAACCUUUCCUUGAAUAUUUAACACAUUGUAUAUUAAAAGGUUUGUUUAACUAAUUCUAAACAAUUCUAAACAAAAAUAAUGUGCAGCACUCUAUUAUUGAUCAUAAUUGAAUCACGUAGGCAUUUGUGACAUGCCACAAUGAUUCAACAGGACACUGCCCAAUUUACCAAAAUUAAAGCAGCCAUAUAUUUAUGAUUUUAAAAGAUUGUGGUGAAGUUGGAAUAGAGCUCUUGUCAGCCUACUAACUAAACAUUAAAAUAAUACAUGGCAGCAUAUUUUUAAAGAUGUAUUGGAGUACUAGAAGUACCAAACAACAUUUAUUUUUUGUUUGUCGGUUUGAUUCCAUUGUAAAUAACAAGUGUAUCUUUUUAAUAAUUGCUGAUGAGCAUAUAACCCAACAGUCUUCUUAUGUUGUAGGUCCUUAGUAGCAGGUUGGAGCAAAACAUACUAUACAUGAUGUUAUGAUGGUUUUUAGUAAUUAGGUUGAUAUACUGCGUAUAUUCAUAAUCUAGUAUAACAUAGUUGUACUUGUGUUGGAAUUAAAGGAUCCCGCUCCCCCAUUUUAUUUAUUCUUUAUUUUUGUUGCACAUAAUAUAACAGGCAAACUUGCAUCGCCACAACAGCAGGAUCAAGAAGUAUAAUCAGGAUUAUUUUUAAACUAUGGAUUCUUGUGUCUUAAAUCCAAAUGGCAGAACUGAUACAAAUUAUAGCUAAGCUGUGACUAUAGUUGACUGGUUGAAAAGUUUUUCCAAAUCCAUAAAUUUUCCUCAGUUUUUUUCAGAUUUUUUCAGAUUCCCAGAUUUCAUUUUUAAAUAUUAAUUAAAAAAACAUAUUUGCCAAAAUAUUUGCCUUCAAUUUCUUGUGCUUGUUGCAACUCUUUUUGAUUUUCACAGUGAGGCUUCCUAGCACUUGAAUAUGGCGGAAACUUCUCAACCAAUUCCAUCUUUUAUUCAAUGUGAACUAUAUGUCAGAAACCCCUUCAACAGUAAUUCAGCAACUGGAUGAAUUACUUGUUGUCUAGUUUCAUUCAUAAAAAAGCAUGAAUAAUACUGCUGCAAAAGUUAAUAAAAGAUAUGCCAUAGCUUUUAUUAAUUUAAUGGAUGGCACCAACUAUGGUUUUCAGAAAUGCACCAAGUUACCACUGCACAAACAUGCAGCCUUACCACAAGUUGUCUCUUAUCAGAUGUAGAUUUUUUUUUUUUUGUUAUGGGUUUACACUAUUCAAGGUAUACUGGCAGCAGAAAUCAUGGAAUGUUUAAUACAUAGUUACAUAGCUGAAAAGAGACUUGCGUCCAUAAAGUUCAGCCUUCCUCACAUUUGUUCUUUGCUGUUGAUCCAAAAGAAGGCAAAAAACAGUUGGAAGCACUUCCAAUUUUGCAAUAAGCUAGGAAAACAAUUCCUUCUUGACCCCAGAAUGGCAGUCAGAUUUCACACAAUGGUUUGUAUUGGCCCCGAAUAUAUUUGUAUAAUGUUAUGAUAUGCCCUCUCAGGCGAUGUUUUUCUAAACUAAAUAGGUUAAAAUUUGUUAACCUUUCUUCAUAGCUGAUAAGUUCCAUUCCUUUUUAUAAAUUUUGUAGCCAGCAUAGUUACAUAUACGUCUUGCAAAGGAAGUGCGGAAACACCCACAUUAGACAAAUCAUGUUGUGUGUGUGUGUGUGUGUAUAUAUAUAUAUAUGUAUAUAUAAUUUGAAAAUCAAUAUAUGUUUGUAUAAUAGGCUUUUGUGGUGGAAAUUUUAUAUCACAGCCUUUAAAGGAACACUAUAGUCACCUAAAUUAUUUUAGCUAAAUAAAGCAGUUUUAGUGUAUAGAUCAUUCCCCUGCAAUUUCACUGCUCAAUUCACUGUCAUUUAGGAGUCAAAUCACUUUGUUUCUGUUUAUGCAGCCCUAGCCACACCUCCCCUGGCUAUGAUUGACAGAGCCUGUAAAAAAAUGGUUUCGCUUUCAAACAGAUGUAAUUUACCUUAAAUAAUUGUAUCUCAAUCUUUAAAUUGAACUUUAAUCACAUACAGGAGGCUCUUGCAGGAUGUAGCAAGCUAUUAAGAAAGCAGGGGAUAAGAAAAUCUUAAUUAAACAGAACUUGCAAUAAAGAAAGCCUAAACAGGGCUCUCUUAACAGGAAGUGUUUAUGGAAGACUGUGCAAGUCACAUGUAGGGAGGUGUGACUAGGGUUCAUAAACAAAGGGAUUUAACUCCUAAAUGGCAGAGGAUUGAGCAGUGAGGCUGCAGGGGCAUGUUCUGUACACCAAAACUGCUUCAUUAAGCUAAAGUUGUUCAGGUGACUAUAGUGUCCCUUUAAGAUUCCCUAACUAUGCUUAUCAUCAGUAUGGUUAAUGUAGACAAGGCUUUUAGGUAUGUCUAGAAGCACUAAGAAUUUUGUUGCAUUUGCACCCAUUGUACAGCACUGCGGAAUUUGUUGGCGCUUUAAUAAUAAUAAUAAUUUGCUAGAAAAUGUGAAAGUUAAAUUGCCAUAUGAAAAUAAAGCCCAUGUAGUUCCUCAUUUAUGCCUCUGAGCGCCACUGUUUAACAAAUAAGAUGAAGAAGCUGGAAAUGGAGAUCCACUGAUUUUUCAAUCGCACAAGCAUACAGCAGGUUUGUAGCAUUGACAAAGAAACAUUUUCCAAUUCCCUUGAACUGGAUGCAUCUGCUAAAGGUCUUAUAAUCCAGGCGAUUACACCAGAAUAUACUUUGCACAUCUGGAUCAUUUACACAACAAUUCAAAUUGAAUGAGAAUAUUGAAAAUUGCUAAUAUGGAAAUCCAUCAAGACAAAGGAUACAAAAGAAUCCGAUGGCAAGUAAUAUUUACCUUCUUAUGGCUUUGUCAUUCAGUCUCUGGGCAGCUUCAUUAUUCCAUUGCUGAAGAAAUGAGAAAAGGUUCAUCAAUAGGAAAUUUAGCAAAAGAUCUACAGUUAAAUCUUAAAGAAAUUUCAGCUCGAAAGCUCCGUAUUGUUUCUCGUGUUUCAGAGAAAUAUUUUACUAUAAAUUCGGAGAAUGGAAAUCUAUAUGUUGCGGACAGAAUAGAUAGAGAGAUGUUGUGUGGGGCAAAUACUGAUUGCUUUUUAACGUUUGAUGCAGUGGUGGAAAGUCCUUUAAAUGUGUUCAGUGUUAAGGUAGAAAUUAAAGAUAUAAAUGAUAACCCUCCAAAGUUUAUUGCUGAAAAUAUUGAUUUAGAAAUGAGUGAACAUACUUUACCAGGAGCAAGGUUUGUUUUGCAAAAUGCUGAAGAUCUAGAUAUUGGUAUUAAUUCUCUACAAAAAUAUAGGCUGAGUUCAAAUCAGCAUUUUGUUUUGGGUAAAAAGAGCAACACAGAUGGAAGCACCUUUCCUGAACUUGUACUGGAGAGUACCUUGGAUCGGGAGAGUCAAAUAAGCCAUGAAUUAAUCUUAACAGCUUUUGAUGGUGGUAAUCCUGUGCAAACUGGUACUGCCCGAAUUAGGAUCACUGUUACUGAUAUCAAUGAUAAUUUUCCUAUAUUUUUACAAGAGGUAUAUAAAGUGAGUGUUAUGGAAAAUAUUCAGAUGAAUUCUACAAUUCUCUGUGUUAAUGCAAGUGAUAAGGAUGAUGGGAUAAAUGGACUAAUAACCUACUCUUUCAGCACAACUGCACAAAAUGUCCUUCAAGCAUUCACCAUCAAUGCCAAAAAUGGAGACAUUAAAGUUAAAGGGAAUUUGGAUUUUGAAGAGACAAACCUUUAUGAGAUAUCUGUACAAGGCAAAGAUGGUGGUGGUUUAGCUGCUCAUGCCAAGGUGCUGAUUCAAAUUAUAGAUGAAAAUGACAAUGCACCAGAGAUAUCUAUCACUUCAUUAUCUACUCCAGUUCCAGAGGAUUCUAUGCCUGACACAGUGGUAGCAUUGAUUGAAGUUCAUGAUAUUGACUCUGGAGAAAAUGGCGAAGUUGAUUGUCAAAUUAUAGGUUCUGUCCCUUUUAAACUCAUGUCAUCAUCUAGUAACUUCUAUAAAAUUAUUACUAAGAGCCCUUUGGACAGAGAACAAGCAUCAUCCUACAGUAUCACAAUCGAGGCAAAAGACAAAGGAUCCCCACCAUUAUCAUGUAGAAAAAUCAUUAAAUUAGAUGUUUCAGAUAUAAAUGACAAUGCCCCUGCAUUUGAAAAAAAAUUCUUUGUCACCUACAUUACAGAAAAUAACUUACCUGGAGUCUCAAUAUAUAGUAUACAAGCAAUAGACGUGGACACAGAAGAAAAUGGUAGACUUGUUUAUUCUUUUGAAAGUACUAAUAUUCAAGAGCAGACUAUGUCUUCAUAUAUUACUAUCAAUCCAGUAACUGGAGUUAUCUAUGCACAGAGAUCAUUUGAUUAUGAAAAGCACAAAGAAUUUCAAGUACAAAUUACUGCAAGAGACAAUGGUUCCCCAUCUCUAAACAGCAGUGCAGUGCUAAGAAUUUGUGUUGUAGACCAAAAUGAUAAUGCACCAUUAAUUCUGUACCCAUCAGCAGGAACCGAUGGGUCAGCAAUGUUCGAGGUGGUUCCUUUUCUCUCUUUACAAGAUACGUUGGUGACUAAGGUAGUGGCAGUGGAUGUGGAUUCUGGACAUAACGCUUGGCUUUCUUAUUAUUUUCUACAAACUUUAGAGUCAUCACUGUUUAUUAUUGAUCAGCAUACUGGUGAGACAAGAACAUCCCGUGGAACUCAGGAAAAAGAUAUUUCACGUCAUACUGUUGUUAUCAUUGUAAAGGACAAUGGAACACCUCGUCUCUCUUCCAGUGUUACAUUAAACCUGGUUGUUGCUGAUAAUUUUCCACAGGUGUUUCCUGAAUUUGAAAGCCAUCACAGCAAAUCAAAUUCUCAAUCCAGUUUACAAAUCUAUUUGAUAGUAGGUUUAGCCCUGAUUUCUUUUCUAUUCAUAUUAACAUUGAUGCUGACAGUAAUAUUUAAAUACAGAGAAUCCAAGUCUUGUACGCCAUUUAGUUCAUUGGGUACAAAUAUGUACCCUCAUGUUGACCAUAGGGUUCUGGCUACAUUUCCAAAUGGGACCUUACAAUUACCUUACUCAUAUGAUGUGUGCGUUACUCUUGAUUCCAGUGAAAAGGACUAUACCUUUCUUAAACCUCAUCAAAGUGUACCAGUUGAAAGUCUACUUGAUUCUAAUGAUUCAGGAAUUGGAAAUGAAACUGUAGUAAAUCCAUUACCAACAUCUAGCCUCAUGCAGGUAAGUCUUUCCAAUAAUAAAAGUCAUCAAAAUAGACAUCUAAAUGUGACUGUAAUUUGGCAAUCCAGGAAGCUCAUGGUGGAACACAUAGACAGGUAGGCAAAGAUGAGUAAUUGAAGACUUUGCCUGUUUAGCUGCAUUAGUCUGAAUGCUCAUAAUGGUUUACUGCAGUUUGUCCAAAUUUAGGCCGAUAAGCUGUUUGGCCGAAUUCCAAAACUCUGAAAUGCUAUAUGGACGUAUAACCAAGUAAACAAUUAAAAAAAGAUAAUUAAUGGGGAAAAAAGAUGAUUUAUGGCAAGGGGACAGCAACCAAAUAGAGGAAAAAAUUAGUAGCAGUAAAAAGAAAUCACUAUAUUUAUAUAUCGUAUAUAUAAUAUAUAAAAUAGAUCAUUUUCCCUUUGUUAGUUAUUUUUUCUGAUAUGAUUUGUUAGACCAAAUAGCAGAAAAAUCAGUGUACUACAAAAUAUAUAUAUAAAUAUGUAUAUAUAUAUAUAUAUAUAUAUAUAUAUAAAUCACAAUAGUUUCUUUUUUUGUUUACUAAAUCCAAUGAAUGCUCUCAAUUUGUUCCAUUUAUAUAUAUAUAUAUAUAGUGGUCCUUUUUUGUACCCUUUUUGUCUGGUUUGUCUGGAUCGUUUUUCAGAAUAUUUUUCAUUAAUUAUGUUCAGAUGAGCUGAACCAUCAAAUGAAGGAGUGACAGAGAUCCUGAACUAAAUGAAAUUUUCUGAAAAAGUGUUUGGGCUGAACCAAAUUUUCCUUUGUGAACAAGUCUAGUUUACACUAUCAAUGUGCAAUGUACAUACAUACUUUGGGUUGUCUACUAAAAAUGGAGAAAAAAAGUAGUAACUUAAUGUAUUAAGCAAUAAUGCUUAAUAUACGAAGACAAUAAUUCAUUUUAUCUGAGAUAGCAUAAUUGCUAAAUGCUACAACUUCAGUAAUUGUUCAGGUCUUAUUGCCACAGAUCUUAGUGUCACAGAUUUCACCUUUCUGUUGUUAAAAUAAGUAUUUGAUGAGUUGGGUAAUAGUAACAUAUAUUUAUCAGCUGCUUACUGUAGUAUAUUUGAAAGGAUGUAACAUCUACACUAGACUUGGGCACCACCAAAAUUUGCGUUUGUAUUCGGUCAAAAAACACUUUUGUUUCGUCCGAACCGAAUUUCGUCUGUUUAUUUAUUUUUGGCCAUAUUUCGGCCAUUAUUUUUGUUUUGGAAUUUUAUUCAGACAAAUGAAAUUCCAAUGCGGACUGCGGCUGUAUCUUGCAGCUGUUUAGUAGAUAACUCCAUAAACUAGCAAAAUGAGGGAGCUGUUUAGUAGACCCUUUUUGAUAUAUUUAUAGCAAUCCCAAAAGGAUUAGGAAGCUAUUUACUACGAAAAAUACUCCCUCCUGCUCCUACCCACCAUGGCGAGAGUUAAGUCUGCUCGCCGUCAUAAAAUUUGCUGUUCACCAAAAUAAGUAAUUAACUGGGGCCAGCCUCCUUCAUUCAUAGUUUUUCAAGCCUAGCACAGUUUAACUCAUGUAGCAUCUUAUGCUCUCAUAUGAGUCAACAUCUUAUUUUUUUUUUAUAUUUCCAUAAAAUUGUGCACUUAUAUUGAUGGCAAAUGUUAUACUAUGUUUUGUAGCUGAAGAGCUUGUAAUUACUGUUGUGGCAUUUAAAGCCAUGUUUGUAUAUCUAUGCACAUGAAAAAUAAAGAAUGACAAAAAAAACAGAAAAAUAAAACUGGGGCUACCCAUCACUAUCUGGCCCUUGACAAAGUCAAUUAGAUCUUUGUGCUUGCCCAUUUUUCCUGCUUCCAACACAUGAAAUUCAAGAACUGAUUGUUUACUUGCUGCCUAAUACAGUAUAUGCCACUCCUUGACAGAUGCCAUUGUAACAAUAUGAUCAAUGUCAAUCACUUCACCUGUCACUGGUUUUAAUAUUGUGACAGAUCAGUGUAUUCAGGUUGUUAUCAUGACUGGCUCUCUGGGUGGUCCCACUGUGAUACUGGAUCCAGGAAGCACUUAGAAAUGUGUGGUAUUUCAAUGCCCACAGUAGAGUCCUCCGGCAGAAUGACUAUGCCUACCUGCCUUCUUCUAUUACAUCACAGUCACUCACACUGGGUACAGUGUGUGUGUGUGUGUGUGUGUGUGUGUGUUAAUGUAAUUGCCAAUUGGAUGAUGUGGCUUCAGCAAUGAAAACUGAGGGUAUGUGGCUGUGGGAAAACACAUUAGUGGUGGUGAGAUGAUUUUGAGGAUACAUUAGUACAAUAUAUGAAAAUGGAUUGGUAGAAUUGUCCUGUUAAUCCACAGAGGCUAUACUAUAUAUUUCAACACUGGAUCAUAAUAUAUAGAGAAUGCAGAGAGAUGUGAAAUUAAUGGGCGAAGGAAUGAAAUAGGUGUGUCAACUGGGGAGGGCGCGGCAAAAGAUGUUGAAAAUGAAUAGUGGAGACGAAAGUCUAAUUUUAUUUUGUAAUGGGUGUGGGAAUUGUUUUGUGUGUGUGUGGCUUCAUAAGCAGGGUUUUUGCAGUUGGGUGGGUCAUGGACUGCACUUUCCCACUUAAUGUAAAAUGUAUGUCUUGAACCAGUCCUGGUUAUUUUUACUAUUAUUUUUAUUAUUAUUAUUCACAUCUCAUGGCUUAUGACAAAAUCCUAAUAGCAUUAUCAAUCUUACGUGUUAAGAACAAUUUAUUAAUCUACGGAAUUUAGUGCAGAUACUUGGGAAUUGUGCAAUUACUAUUUUUACAUAGAUAUAGUGUAAAUUAACAAAAUGAUUUGCUGUAACUAUGUAGGUUGCUAUAUAGCAUACUAAUCUCUUUCUACCAUUUUUAGAGAUUAUGAAAUAUAUUUGUGCUCUAUAAAUAAAAAUAAUAACAUGCAUUGGAAUAUUAACAUUUUUUUUAAAGUAUUUAGCUUACAGCUUCUUAUUUGUCAUAAUACAGAUAAACAAUAUGUUUCAAUGAUAGUAUUCAAUAUAGAUACAUAUACCACGUUAAAAGGGCACUGUAAGAAUCAUAACCUUGGCAGUUGGCUGUAGCAGUUAUGUUACAGGAAAAAUAGCAACUGAUGCUCCCGAUGAAUCUAUCAGUGCUCGAUCCAUUAAAAUAUUAAAUAAAAACAUUUAUGCAACAAAGUAUGACACUAAAAUAGCACUUGACAGUGAUAAGCUCCCAAUCGCUUAGAAUUGGCAAUCAAUAUGUUUCACGUCUACUGUCAUUUAUCAAGUUCAACCAAAAUGUUACAGUUAUAGUAACAGCUAUGUUGCCUAAUGUAACCAUGCACCAUUCCCCAGUUUAAUAUGAAGCUGGCACUGUUCUCAGUGCCCCCAAAUCAACUCCAUUACAUAGUUACAUAGUUACAUAGCUGAAAAGAGACUUGCGUCUGUGUCGAAACCAACGCCUGGUUGCUCGCCUGUUGCCCUUGCUUCUGCAUUUGGUCAUUUAACCGGAUGUCUGUUCAUUCAGUAGUUUAACCGUAUGAACAGCAUUAACCCAGAUAACCAUGCCAUGGAGCCUAUUUGUGUAACAAAACACUAUGUGAAAGACUUUGGCUCCAUGGCGAUUGAACUGUAUGUAUGUGAUCUGAGCGCCAUCCGGUAAUAAUGUGCGCUCAGAUCUAAGCUAUCUGGGGAUAGGUAGAAUGUAUAUGUUUUGUGCAACAGUUGUAACUUUAUACAUUUUUAUGUCUUUAAUUGUCUUUUACUGCCAUGUGGUUAAUGGAGUUUUGCCUCUGUCCUGGGAGAUAAUUGGAUUACUUCCCAAUUAUCUCCAGGACAGAGGGAGGGAAAUUAGGAUGCAUUGUGGGGAUGUUUUACCUCUGUAUGUCUGUCAUUGGUUCAUGUCUGUCCUUUGUUACAGUCUCCCAUUUGGUCCCCUAGUGGAGUGUCCACCCGCGUGGAGACCUGCAUAAAUACUGGGCAGGUAGCCCUCGAUAGAUCAGACCACUGCUUGACCCCCAACACGGAGCUCUGUCUCGUUUUUGGGGGGGAUUGACUGUAUGCUAAUAGAGACUGAUUGCCAGGAGUGUAAGCCGCUUGGGUGCUUUUCCUGUUCGUCUGCUAGCAGCUAUUCGUGAGGUUCGAGUUCGGGAGUUUGGAGUGCUACUUUGUAUGCAGUUCGGGAGUUUGAAGCAUUCCCUUGUAUGCAGUUCGGGAGUUUGGAGCAUUCCCUUAUAUGCAGUUCGGGAGUUUGGUGUUCUGCAGUAGCUGUGCAUGUAUCUCUGGAAGGGGAAGAUCUUCUAAACGGCGGUUUAACCUUUUAUGCCUGGGGGUGCCGUUACAGUGUCAAGUUCAGCCUUCCUCACAUAUAUUUUUGAUCCAAAAAGAGGCAAAAAAACCCAGUCUGAAGCGCUUCCAAUUUUGCAACAAACUAAGAAAAAUUCCUUUUUGACCCCAAAAUUGCAGACAGAUGUCUCCUUGGAUCAAGCAGCUAUCACCCCACUAAUUAGAAAUUAUAUCCCUGUAUGUUAUGACAUUGAUAAUGCAAAAUGAUCACUUCCACGAAAUCAGUGUAAAUUGCGGUUAUCCUAGAUCACAUUGAUUGGCUGGUAGAGCUGGACUCAGCAAGGGACUUUAAAAGCCCUAUUCAAAUUAAAGAAAAUGAAAGUGCUUCAAAUAAAAGUCAUAUAUAUUUGAUAUUCAAUAGCCUGAUCACGAUCACAAAACAGUGAUUCCAAACUGUAAAAUUGCCAUUUCCAUUUUUAUUUUCCUUUUAUUCAGAAAUGCUUAAAAACAAGAGACAACGAAAGAAAAAAAGAAGCUUAGUUUGAAAAUCUGAUUGUAAUAAAAAUGCUUUUUCAGCAUUACAGAUCAUAUCUUAGAUACAGUAGACACACCUGUACAAUGGAAACUUAGCUAAUACCAUUAUAACCAGAAAUGAGUGCAGAUGCAUGUUGAGGGAAUGGUACAUUUUGAUAAAUUUGCUUCAUAUACUGCAUCCCAUAAUUCAGUGAGCACAGCAUGCGAAUGUACAUGAAAUGCAUCACUGAAAGAAUACUAUAAAAUAUAUCAUGCACAGCAUUGUGGGAAAGAGAUGCCCAAAUGUGCUUAUUGGGAAAAUAUCUCUUUUAAUACCUUUGACACACAACUAAAGCAAUGACAAAAUCACAGUUAAAUAAAAAAAAAAAAAAAGAUACCAAUCUAAAUAAAUACAUUUGAGACAUAUAGCACAACAAACACAUGAGCAGAAAAAAAUAAGCCAAAUAAAUCUUACUAAAUAAAAAAAAGAGAAAAAGGAUGACAAUCAUGUAGACCUGUUGCGAGUUUUUAGGAUCGUUUCUUUAGAAUAUUUCUUGUUAAUUUACAAAUUUGUCUAUCUGGUGUAUAUCAAGCCAGUUGAUUCUAAUACCCCGUGGUAUCUAGCUCUCAGCUGGUAAUUGGCUUUGGGCAUUUAUGAUUGUUAUACAUACACUCAACAAAAUUAUAAAGGCAACACUUUUGUUUUUGCCCCCAUUUUUCAUGAGCUGAACUCAAAGAUCUAAGACUUUUUCUAUGUACACAAAAGGCCUAUUUCUCUCAAAUAUUGUUCAUAAAUCUGUCUAAAUCUGUGUUAGUGAGCACUUCUCCUUUUCCGAGAUAAUCCAUCCACCUCACAGGUGUGGCAUAUCAAGAUACUGAUUAGACAGCAUGAAUAUUGCACAGGCGUGCCUUAGGCUGGUCACAAUAAAAGGCCACUCUAAAAUGUGCAGUUUUAUCACACAUAUAUUUUUUUAAGAAUAUUGAAAAAAAAAGAAGAAAACAAUAGAAUUUCAAAUGAGAUAUAAAAAGUCAAAUUUUACAGCAAUGUGGCUCUUAUUUUGGCACUUUGUUAAUAAUCCUAUAUUUUUAUUAGAUUUUACUAUGCUAUAUUUUUAUCUCGAUUUUUACUAGAUUUCAAUUAAAAUGUGAUAUCCAUAAAUAGUUAAUUUGGGCUUUUUACGGUUAAUAAAAAUGAAUAUAUAAAAUAGCUGAAUUAAUGUAUUACUCAGUAUCCUGAUGAAUAUAUUUAAAAAUCAACUCAAUGGGAAAAGGUGCUUUUUUACCUCAUACGGAAAAUGACCUGCAAUUCCUAAUUUUAACACUGUGUGUCGCUGUUGUCCAGUAAGGUGAAAAUGCUACACAUGGAGCUCAACUAGCGUGUACAAUGUGCAGAUUUUGCAGAUUGUGGAAAGAACACUAUAUCUCAUGCUGGAUUUCUGGGUUCCCAAUCUCUAAAAAGUAAUUGGAUUUUAUAUGCUUUCUUUACCAUUUUCACUGGACCUAAAGGGGUUUACUUCAACACAUCUAGCUGGAUUGUGUCUUCUCACAAUGGUUUCCCAGAAAAUGCAAGGAAGGAAGGCUGAAAGGACAAUGCUGUGGCAAGUAAUCUGUUUUGUGUUAUUUUGCUGUUAUGAUUCAGUCUCUGGUCAGCUUCAUUACUCAAUUCCUGAAGAGACAAAGAAAGACUUUUUGGUAGGAAACCUUGCUAAGGAUUUGAGCUUAAAUCUAAGAGAACUUUCAGAGAGAAAAUUCCGCAUUUCUUCUGUUUCUUCUGAGCAUUUAUUCAGUGUAAAUGUAGAGAAUGGUAACCUCCUUGUAGCAGAUAGAAUUGAUAGAGAGACCAUUUGUGAAAUGGACACAAAAUGUAUUCUGAACCUUGAAGCUAUAGUUGAAAAUCCUUUACAAGUGUUCAGUAUAAACGUUGAGAUUCAAGAUAUAAAUGAUAACUCUCCAGUGUUUUCUAAAAAUGUUGUCAAUUUAGAAAUUAGUGAAUUCACACAACCUAGAACACGCUUUGUACUUGGAAAUGCGCUUGAUCCAGAUAUCGGGGUCAACUCCCUGCAAAGCUACAAGAUCAGUAACAAUUAUUAUUUUAAACUAGGACAAAAAACUAGUGCUGGUGGACAAAAAUAUCCAGAACUUAUUUUAGAAAACCCCUUAGACCGUGAAAAGCAAUCAGCUCUUGAAAUAAUUUUAACAGCUUCAGAUGGAGGGAAUCCUAUCAAAACAGGAACAGCUGUUAUCAAAAUAGUUAUUAGUGAUAUAAAUGAUAAUGCCCCAACAUUUCAGAAAGAUCUAUACCAGGUUAGCAUAAAUGAAAAUGCACCAAUUAAUUCAUUGGUUCUUCACUUGAUUGCUACAGAUGAAGAUGAAGGAGUAAAUGGACAAAUUACAUAUUCCUUUAGCCGGAUCACCAAGGUUGGUCAACAUAUUUUUGCAAUAAAUUCUCAAACAGGUGAAAUAAAAACAAAAGGAGAACUGGAUUUUGAGGCAACCAAAGGUUAUGAAAUGACUGUAGAAGCUGAGGAUGGGGGAGGCCUGGUCUCCCACUGCAAAGUAGUCAUAGAAAUUAUUGAUGCAAAUGACAAUUCUCCUGAAAUAAUACUUACAUCUGUAUCUUACACACUAUCAGAAGACUCACUGCCUGGCACUGUUAUCGCUUUGGUUAACAUUCGUGAUUUAGAUUCCGGUGGAAAUGGUGAUGUCUCCUGUCAACUUGUAGGUACCAUACCUUUUGAACUCAUAUCAUCAUCUAAUAACUACUAUAGACUUCUUACUUCAAGUUCAUUGGACAGAGAAGAAAUUGAUUCUUACAAUAUUACCAUUAAAGCAACAGAUAAAGGGUCUUCUCCUUUGAGUACCAUGAAAACAAUUAAGUUGGAUGUAUCUGAUGUGAAUGAUAACGCACCUGUUUUUGAACAAACACAGUAUGCCGUUUUUAUUCCAGAAAACAAAGAAUCGGGAUCAUCAAUCUACAGGGUACAAGCAACUGAUCUGGACACUCAUGACAAUGCCAAAGUCACUUAUUCCAUUGUUAAUAAAAAUAUUGGAGAUGCACCUGUAUCAGCUUACAUUUCCAUUAAUUCAAUGACAGGUGUUCUUUAUGCACAGCGACAAUUUGACUAUGAACAAUUAAGGGAGUUUGAGAUCCAAAUCACAGCUAAAGAUAAUGGUUCACCUUCUCUGCAUAGCAACAUCACCAUGAAAAUAUGUAUAACAGAUCAAAAUGAUAAUGCUCCUAAAAUUCUGUACCCUUCUACGGGUUUUGAUGGGUCAGCUUUGUUUGAGAUAGUUCCAUAUUCUGCAAAUAAAGGAUACUUGGUCACUAAAGUAGUGGCUGUGGAUGCAGAUUCUGGACAUAAUGCAUGGCUCUCAUACAAAUUUCUGCAGGUUCCAGAAAAUUUUCACUUCACCAUUGGCAAGCAUAGUGGUGAAAUCAGAACAUCACAUGCAUUUCAAUACAAAGAAUCGCUGAAGCACAAAGUUGUGGUCUUGGUGAACGAUAAUGGAAAUCCAUCACUUUCUUCCACAGUAGCACUAAACUUGGUUGUCGCAGAAAAUAUGCAACAGGAGGUCUCUGAAAUGAAUAAUCAGUCCCAGACCUCAAAUUCACAAUCUAAUUUAAACAUUUACUUAGUUAUAGGAUUAGCGCUGAUUUCAUUUUUAUUCACUCUAACCGUGAUGCUUGCAAUUAUAUUAAGGUGUCGGAAAUCUAGACACCCCAAGACAUUUGGGCACCUGUCAGCAGAUAUGUAUUCACAAGUUGGGCCUAGAUUUCCAUCUAAUUAUAAUAAUGGCACCAUGACCCUUCCAUACACAUAUGAUGUCUGUGUAUCUCUGGAUUCCACUGAAAAUGAAUUUGCAUUUCUUAAACCUGCUCAGAAUGUUCCAACAGAUAAUCUUAUUGGCACAAAUGAUUCAGGCAUUGGAAUUAGUUCUUUAAAUGACAUUUCAACAACUGAUUUGAAUACACAGGUGAGAUAUUUGUUUUCAAUGUAAAAAAGCAAACAUUAAAUUACUAAUAUGAUUUCCACAGCAUGCUAUACCAAUGCCCGAUGGAUACAAGUAAAACAUUGUUGAAAAUGUAUAUGGGUGAUAAUAUGAAGGUCUGUAUAAAUCUCUAAAAUGCAAAGUGUCAUAAAUAAUCUCAAAAUUGGACUGGAGAUUGCCCUUCAGGUAUGCUAAAUGCAAUUUGGACAUACAUUUGUUUUGUGGAUUAAAAUAUUAAGCUAGCAUUUUAGAAGUGAAGUUUAUGGGAGACCCUAUGCCUACACAUUUUUUGAGCAUUGAAGUAUUUUUUUGUUGAGCUCAGGUGUUCCUUAUCAUCAGUUUGUUACACUAUUCAUGUCAUAGGACAAGCUUUUGCUGGCAUUUGAAAAAUAAAGGAAUGUGAGUUUAGGUUCUGCUAAUAGUAUAUUUUUGUAAUUGUACAGAUGUAUAUAGUAUUUGCAGUUGCUGUUUAGACACUUAGUAUGCUGUAAGGGAUGACACAUUUAUAAGGGAGGAGCAAAUGGGUAUAUAAGCGCUGGAAUAGGAGGGAGCCUGAAACAUGGAAAAUGGAAAUAUAAAGCAGCCAGAAGCUCACUCAUGAUAAAUAUGGUGUUAAUGGCCUUAGGGGCCCCAUCCAAACAACCUUUCAGCUCUGGAACUGAGGUCUUCAUUCUAGAACACUAUAGUGUCUUGAUCACGGUCAAAUCAGAUUAAGAGGUAUUUGCGGCUGCUUUUUAACACUGUGUGCUCUAUUCAAAUUAGAGUCAAUUUGUGCAUGUGAUUAUAUAUUUAAAAUUUUAGAAUUAUUAUUAAAUAUAUAUAUACAUAUAUUUAUAUUUAUAAUUUUGAAAUUAAAAUUUCGACAUGUAUUAAAGGAACAAUAUACAAAACUGUAAUUCCUAACUCUAUGGUAUACCCCUGUCCCUAACUUUAGGUACCCCUCACCACGGCAUGAUGUAAGGGAUAAAAAACCUUUUUAACAUUUCCCUUAAUUACAUCUUUUAGAUCACUCUGCGUGGGCUCGGUCUCCUCCUCAUGCCGAUAAAGGACCUAAUGUGCAUGCGCGCAAAGUGCCACCCUCAUUACAGUUACCCCAUAGAAAUGCUAUCCUUGGGUAUUUUAAACUCCUGCAUGAGGAUGCUGAACAUCGUUAAUUGUUAAAUUUAGUGAGAAUCCAGAAAGACAGCCACUAGAGGUUGUCUGAACACUGCUAUAUUAUCCCUUAAGGGGAUAAUGGGACUUCACUUAGUCCACUUUAAUGAGAUGAAGUGGUCGGGUACCUAUAGGUGAAAAGAUAAACACUUGAUUUAAUUCCGGUGUUAUUAAUGUUUACACUCGGCUAUUUAAUUUUGUUUAUUACAAAUACACAUAUAUACAUACAUAGGCCAGCAGGCUCAGAAUGGCCAUCUGGCAAUCCGGGCAAAUGGUCAGUGGACCACAAAAGCAAUGAGCCGAGGCCGACAGGGGAGAUCCAUGCAGAGUCGGCCUUGCUGUCUUGCGUUCUCGGGCGAGUACUUUGUAAGAGAGUAAGGGAAGGAAGACCCUGGAGGCUGAAUGUUGGCAGCUGGGAGCAUUUCUUUCCAUUACCACAGCAAUGCUCCAACAUAGUGCUGAGCUCUCAUGAGGAGUGAACUCUGCCUGCAGCUGGAGGAGCUGCAGGAGUCUACCACCACCACCAGACCACCAUGGCUUGUAAUGUAACCCCAAGGGCAAAAGGAUUGCUUUGGCUCCUUAGCAGAUCUUGUUAAUUUGGGCACCAUCCAAGCCACCAUGACUCUAUUGGUUUGUGUUACUCUCAUUGUAUUGAGGUGGGCAGGGUAUAUAUCAUUAGAUGUGUAAAUAUAUAUAUAAUUUUAAUUUACUGUAUGUUAUAUGUUGGUGGGGUAUAUGCCUAUUUUAAUAGAAGAUUCAAUCCAUACAAGAAAACUGUUUGGGUUUUAAUUAUAGAAAUACUCUAGAGCCCUAAAGCAUUUUAGCUUGCUGAAGUGUUUUAUGUGUUAUGUGUUUUCAUUUUACAAAACGUGUUAUAUGUGUUAUGUGUUUUCAUUUUACAAAAAUUGCAGACUUUAAUAGAAAUUGCCACUUUUAUAAAUGAACCUUGUUAUAACCCCUGGCUGUCAAUCUGACAACUGGUCCUAUUUCUUCCUGGUUGGUUAGUUCAGUGGAGCUAAACUCAAGAGGCAGCAAUUGUUCAGAGCAUCUGCCUUAUAAAGACUUCUCAUUGAGCUGCAUUGGGAAGUCUGUGAUUGGACAGCCACAAAAAGCCUGAGUUGGUUUAGAAGGGAAGGACUGGCAAAGGCAGCACACAAGAGAUCUACAGCUUUUGCAUACUGUUUUUAAAUAUACUCCCCUCCUGUUCCCCCCCUCCCCUCAUUAAAAAAAAAAAAUGCAUAAUGAAAUGCAUGCAUGCUUUCUUUGAGGUAUACAGUGAUUUUGUUUUAUUAUUAUGUAAUGUAAUGUAUUUUAGGCAUCAGAGUGUUCCCUUAAUUAAAAAUAACUUAUGACAUUUCUUUAUUUAUUAUUUAUUCUAGCAUCUAUAUGUAUAGGUUUAAAAUGCAUACAUAUAAGUGAAUACUUUUUCAGUCCAUAUUCUGGUUUGCUCUUCCUACAUAUGGAUGACUGUUGUUAAGUCCACCUUUUGUAAGGAACACCCCUUAUCUGACCAAAGCUCAUGAAGAUAAACAAGAGCUAAUGCUGAUUUCCUAGUUCAUGAUGUGCAAGUUCUAGUCAUCUAAAAAUACAGACUGCGCCAGUUUCAAGUGUUCAAAUUUACAUUGUCAUCAUUUAGAUAUGAUGCUUAAAGGAACACUAUAGGGUCAGGAACACAAACAUGUAUUCCUGACCCUAUAGUGUUAAACCCACCAACUAGGUGGCUUGCCUACCCUCAGACCCCUUAAAAGGAAUUAAAACUCACCUUAUUUCCAGCUCCGCUCAGGCCCGCCGACCCCGCUGACCCCGCCCUGAUGUGAAUUUAGCCAAUCGACAAGGAGGCAGGAUGGGGGCGGGGACAAAUUAUGUUCAUUUGUGAAGUGCCAAUCAGCUCUUCUUCAUGGAAGAAUCAAUGCAUCUCUAUGAGGAAAAUUCAGCAGAGCAUGGAGACACUGAACGGCAGUGCUGCUUACUGGGCAGCACUGCCCCAGGAAGCACCUCCAGUGGCCAUCAGAGGAGUAGCCACUUGAAGGUGUCCCUAAGGGCAAUAUAAAUGCUCCCUUUUCUCUGAAAAGGCAGUGUUUGCAUGAAAAUGUGUAAAGGCAAUGAUUAUACUCACCAGAACAACUACAUUAAGCUGUAGUUGUUCUGGUGACUAUAGUAUCCCUUUAAGCUCUUAGAUAUAUUAGAGAUUUCCCCAUUGACCAAGAAUACAGCCUGAAAAGAAGAUGUAUGCAUUACAAAAUUGUUAUUAUUAUUAUCAUUUACAUGGCGCCAACAUAUUCCGCAGCGCUUUACAGUUAUAUGAUGGGGAUAUUUAGAGGUGAAGAAGGACUUGUACAAGCAAGCUUAUAAUCUACGAGGAUUUGAGUGAGGCGGAUAUAUAUUGUUAGGCUUCUUGCCCAUGGAUACUUACUGGUGGGAUGGUCAGACUGGGAUUUGUACCAGGAUUUCUCAAAGGGGCUGUAUCUUAAAGUGUUUUCAAGAUUCUGUAUAUCUAAGCAAUAUAAAAAAAACUGAUAAAUUUAAUAAAGAAUGGCAAUGGAUUGGAUGGAUGGAUGGAUUUUGUUAGAUUUGAAGAUUCGUUUUGGUCUAAAAUGCAAUUCAUCGAAUUUGGUUUGAUCUGGUGAUCGGUCAAAUUCACGAAAUGUAGCCAAAAUAUUAGCCAAAUUAGCCGUGCAAUAGCUGAACUUUACUUUGAUUCAUGAUUCUGAAUUCUCCCUGUGGCAGCAAAAAAAGAUGAUUGAUGGGAAAAAAGAUGAUUGAUGGCUGUCACUAACUGUUGAUUUUAUUCACAGAUAAAUUGAGAGGUAAGAGGUAAACAAAAGGAGCUGAAAAACAAAUCAAUUUUUAUAUAUUAUUUAAUGAAAUAAGAUUUGUUUUACUGUUUUUCCUUCUAUGGGUUACUUUUCUCAUUGAUACGUGACCUAAAUGGUGAGAAUAUGCUCCUAUCAGUGUACUGCUAAAUAUAUAUAUAUAUAUAUAUAUAUAUAUAUAUAUAUAUAAAUAGAGAAUUGUGAAAAGCACUCCAAGGACUUUGUAUAUGGUGAAAAAAUCAACUUAGCUUUAUUCAGCAACCACCAACUGUGAUCAACGUUUGAGCUCACACAUGGAGCUUUCGUCAGGAUCUCCAUGUGUGAGCUGAAACGUUGAUCACAGUUGGUGGUUGCUGAAUAAAGCUAAGUUGAUUUUUUCACCAUAUACAAAGUCCUUGGAGUGCUUUUCACAAUUCUCUAUUUAUCAUUUGUGCCGAUUAGCACCGGGCUAUAUUUGUUGUUGUACAGGAGUGCAAGCAUUGGACAAUUUUAUAUAUAUAUAUAUAUAUAUAUAUAUAUAUACACACACAAUACUAUACUAUGUAUAUAUUUUGCAGUACACUGAUUGGCCCAUUUUUGUGUCCUUUUGGUUUGUCUUAUUCAUUUUACCAAACCAAACUGAUAUAAAGCCAAAAUUGGGGGGUCCUAGAAAAUUGUUUGGCCAAACCAAAUUUUCCCAUCGUGCAAAAGUCCAGAUUAUUCUAUACAUGAUGUAUGCCACAUAAUCUUCGUUUAGGGCACGCAGCAGUGCUUUUCCUCGUGUCAAAAUAGGAAUUUCUUUUGCAAGUGCAUUAGGAUGAGGACCUAAAGGUCAAUAAAGUGGUAAAGUAGAAGAAAAAACAGCUACAUUUAGCGCAGGCGAUGCUGAUACAAUUAUAUUUGUCUCUGAAACCAAAUUAGAUAUUUAGGAAAUGUGGAAAAAUUGUUUUACUAAUUUCUAUAUUAAUUAUAUUAAUGCAAAGAGCACUUCUGCCAAAGUUGGACCUAAUCUCGAUUUUAUCUAACUAAUUACAUAACUGCAUAUACAAGGAUAAAUAUGUGGCCAUUCCCCUGCACGCCCUGUGACAGUUCCAACACAGGUCUGAUUUAGUAACAAGUAUCGCUUGAAAAAACUGGAGGGAGUGUUGUUAUCUUCUCAAACUGUAAUUUAAAGCAAGCAUAGUGUAGCAUGAUAGAAUUAAAUAUAGUUAGCGUUAGCAAUCACUAUUCAGUUCACCUGCCCAUUUUCCUAAUGACUUUACAGUUUAUGCAUCCAAGUGCCUAAUUAUGUUACUCUGUGCAACAUUUUUCACUAAAAAACUAACUUAUCAUUGAAUUUACUUUGAAUUUUCAGCAAUUUACACUUUAGCAAGUUCAAGAGUUUGCCGUAAACACAAAAAGUAAUAAUUAAACAUAAAAAUCAAAACGCGUAAUUGUUCGCAGAUUUUAUUAGUGAAAAGGUGAUCGGUUUUGUAUUUUAGUAUAUUAAUGACAGGUAAUGUAAUAAAAUAAAAUUAGAUUUAUGAGUUGUACUUUUUAAUAGUUCACAUUACUGUUAUACAUUAUUUUCAUUUUAACUGAAUAUAUAAGAUAGGGGAAAUGGAAACUGUGUGCUUAUUCUUGAAAAUAUACAACUUGCUUUCUUAUCUGAGAACAUUUUGAAGCUAUUUCCAGGUUUAUUGUAAUGUUGAAUAGACAUCCAUCAUGCAGUCAUUAGGUUUCGAGUUAAAUGUUGGUGAGAAAAAACAGCAUAGACAUGCAGAAAAUCUCACAAAGAGAGUUCUUCACUUAAGUGAUACUUGUCAAAAAUUCAAAGUUAAAUUCAAAUUUAAGACAAAAAUAGCUGAAAUGAAAAAACAAUCUCUUAAAUUUGAAAUUUACUUUUGAUUCAACAACUUCAAAUUUACUGAAUAACCUUGAAAAUAUUAUUGAAACUAUUAAAACAUGAUCAAUGAGCAUUACUCUGUAUUCCACACCAAACACCAGAAAAACAAAUAAUAACUUUACACCUGGCACCUCAUGAUAAUGAUUCUGAGAUUUAAAACUAUGGACUCCCCAUAGAAAACUAUGACAUUUGACAGAUACACUCUUGAUUUUUUUUAAAGGUAUUUUUUUUUUUUUAUGUAACCUUGCUAAAUAUUGCAUAGCACAGAUGUUCCAAGCCUUGUAAGGAUAAUCAUUUAAUACAUAUUAAAAUUAUACAGUGAGCCUUGCACGAAUCUUUCAAUGACACUCUUUAAUUGAAUUCGCUUGUGAAGAUGAAAACAGUACAUAGACAAAAUGAUUUAUCGCAAACAAGAUUAUCCCACUGUUGAAUAAGAUACUAACAUAGAAGGAAAGGAAAAUAAGAAAAUUUAUUGAAUAUGUAUGUGGUGGUAAUUUGCAUUAUUUAUAUAGGAAGCAUAUAGAUGUGUUUCUUUUUAUUUUGAUUAAUGUAAUGAAUGCCAUUUUAUAUUGAGAGGGAGGCAGUUAUAAAAUCAGAGUUGGUUAUUAAAAUUAAAAUAAAAUAAUGAAUAUGUUUUCCUUAAACAGAGAAGAUUCACUUACUAGUUAAUACAUAAAUCAAAUAUGUGUUUAAAAAAAAAAAAGCUGAAAUCAUGAAUAUCAACAGGGAUCGUACAGUACACUAUAAAGUGUGUAAUAUAACCAAAGUCUCUAAUAAAGAGGAAUGUUUUGCACCCUUAAGUACUUUUUCCUGGAGUCUUCUAUUCACAGAUGGUUUUUUUUUUUUUGGGGGGGGGGGAGAGAGGGAAGCAGGGUUGUUCAGACUUCUUGAAGUUACUAAUUCUGUUUUAGAAUGCUGGACAUGACUCCAUAAUAGAGAUGUUUAUAUCAUGCAUGCAUUGUUCUAUGUAUUUCCAUGCUAAUAUCUAUGUUGUAAGCAUUUCUUAGCUGUGAUGCAUUAAUGGUACUUCUUUAUGUAUUACUGAUACGUCUGUUGGAGGAGCAAAUAUUCACUUUUUGAUGUAUUAUUUUAAUAAACAUAUUUGAUUUGAUAUAGAUACUAUUAUUAUUUACCAGUUAGUCACCUGUAGUAUUUGAGGUUUUGCUGCAAGUAUUAAACAGCUGGUUUACUAACUUUUAUCAGUAUUAAAAGUUAAUGCAAUUUAGACUGACUUUUAUAUUAGAUUUUAGUUUAAUUUUAAUAAUAUUUUUGUACUUUCUUGUAAAUGCAUAUUUGAUAGUGGUCAUAGAUGUUCUGGUAAAUGUAUGGGUGGAAGUAUAUGAGAUGAGGUUUCAUUUUCCACCACUAGAUGGCACUGUGUUUUCUUCUCACAGUUAUUUUUCAGUGAAUGCGUUUUUAUGAUGCUGUGUAUCUGACUCUAAGGUAAUGAGUUCACAAGCCCAAGUCUUGCAGACACACCGGAGUAGACAGACCAGUUUUGCUCUGUGCUGCUUAGUUUGUAUCCAUUUGUUGCUAGAAUAGGCCUAUGAGAGAAGCCUUUUAUUUUAUUAUAUGCUCUACAAUUUUUAGUUUGUGAAAGAUGAAUUCAAGAAGAAACCAAAAGACCUGGAAAUUGCAAGUAAUCUGUUUAUUUUUUAUUCAAAAUUGGGCAUUAAUAACGGCACAGUUUAGGUAUUCUUUAAUUGAAGAAACAGAGCCUGGAACAAUCGUAGGAAAUGUUGUUCAGGAUCUAGAAUUAAACACUGCAAUGAUCGCUCAACGUGGGUUGCAAUUGGGAUCUAAACAAAGCAGUGAUUAUUUUGUACUGAAUCCAGAGAGUGGAGAACUCACUGUUAAAAAUAAGAUAGAUAGAGAAAAUUUAUGUGGAUCUAGUCUAAGCUGUCUGUUAAUGGUGGAAAUUGUUGUUGAAAAGCCUUUGGAGCUAUUUCGUUUGGAGGUGGAUAUACUUGAUAAGAAUGACAACGCCCCUGUUUUUCAUAACACUGAGCGCCUGAUCAGGAUUACAGAACUAGCUGCAGUAGGAACAUAUUUUCCUCUUGAAAGAGCCCAUGACCCUGAUGUGGGUAUUAAUGCAGUUAACUUAUACAAAUUAAGUGGCAAUAGUUAUUUUUCUCUAAAAGUACAAAAUCGCAAAGAUGACAAACCUUUUCCUAUGCUGGUUUUAGCAAAGCCCCUUGACAGAGAGCAAGAAGAUUUACAUCAACUAAUCUUGACUGCCAUUGAUGGUGGAAAUCCUGCCAGAACUGGGACAAUUUUAAUUUCUGUCAAAGUUCUAGACAGCAAUGACAAUGCUCCUGUCUUUGACCAAGCAGUAUACAAAAUUAGCCUGAAAGAAAAUACUCAGCUUAACUCUGUAGUAAUAAAACUAAAUGCAACAGAUAUUGAUGAAGGACCAAAUGGAGAAAUUAGUUAUUACUUUGAAGAUCACUUUUCAGAGACAGUUACCAACAUUUUCAGCUUGGAUCACCAGACAGGUGAGAUACGAGUCCAAGGGAAUGUGGAUUUUGAAGAGCACAGUUCAUAUGAAAUAACAGUUAAGGCCAUUGAUCAUGGAGUACCAGAGAUGGAAGGACAUUGUCUUAUCCAACUGCAUAUAGUGGAUAUAAAUGAUAAUGCACCUGAAAUUCUACUUUCUUCUUUAGUGACCUCUAUUCCUGAGGAUACACCCAUUGGUUCAACUGUGGGGCUUAUAAGAAUUAAAGACGAAGAUAGUGGUGAAAAUGGAGAAGUGCACUUACAAAUAUCCCCAAACAUUCCAUUUGCCAUCAAAUUGGUCCAAAACCAUUAUUCCUUCAUCACAGAUGGAUUGUUGGACAGAGAACAUAACAGCCAGUACAUAAUUGAGAUGACGGCAGUAGAUUUGGGGACACCACAGCUUUAUACAAAGACAAGAAUAUGCAUAAACAUCACAGAUAUCAAUGAUAACCCUCCAACAUUUGACCAAAAAAAUAUUAAGGUUUCUAUACAAGAAAAUAAUAAACCAGGUGCUGCACUUGGUACCGUCUCUGCGUUUGACAAAGAUGAUGGAGAAAAUGCUCAUAUCACAUAUUACAUAAAUAACAGCCUUAUUGCAGGCUCCCCAGUGCAGUCUUUUAUUUACCUGGAUUCUAAAACUGGUGACUUUUAUGCUCAGCAAUCCUUUGAUUAUGAACAUGUUCAAGUUUUAGAAUUUGCGAUAGUAGCAGAAGAUUCUGGAUCUCCAAUGCUCUGUUCCAACAUUACAGUCUAUUUAUACAUUUUAGAUAAAAAUGAUAAUGAGCCUCUUAUAUUACAUCCAGGAAAUUCAUCAGAGCUCCAAUCUCAACAAUUUAUCCCUAAAUCUCUUUCAAAAGAUUCAUUAGUGUCCAAGAUCAUAGCAAUCGAUAGGGAUUCUGGGUAUAAUGCACAUCUUUCAUAUAGUAUAGUCAAAGCAACAGAUCUCUCAUUAUUUAAAAUAACUAUGCACUCAGGGGAAAUAAAAAUGGCCAGAAGAUUUGAAAGCACAGAUUUGCCUUUGCAAAGCCUACAUAUUUUGGUUAAAGAUAACGGAAACCCUCCAUUGUCAUCCACAGCUAUGUUACUUGUUUCUUUGGAGGACAACAUUUUCAAAGAUAGUUUAUAUACUAACGAUCAUGUUGCAAAGUCCACACCUGACUUAACAAUAUAUUUAAUGAUUUCACUUGCUGCAGUUAGUGUAGUGUCAUUGGUUUCAUUUAUCCUACUACUGACAAAAUGCCUUAGAAAGAAAAAUAAAAUGGAUGAGUCUGAACGUGAUGUCUUAAGACAAUUAACAUCUACUCAAUAUUUAGGACAUACACGCAAAAUGUUGCAGUGGGACCCUAAUGGAACUAUGACGUAUGUGGAGGUCUCCACAAGUCCAGCAGAUCAGCAAAAUCAGUUGUGUGAGACAUAUUAUUCAGACAUCAACAAGGGUACCUUAAAUUUUAUGAAGUCAUUGAAUUUUCCUCAAUUAAAAGAAUUGGUCAAUGGAACUCAAACAUUGUCUGGGCAUGCUGGUCAAAAUGAAUCUACACAGGUGAAAUAGUAAAGUAUUCUUUUUGUUUAUGAGAGGUAUAUUGUAGCUGUUUUCUUGUGUUGCAUAUUAGGUUAAAACAUUUUGGAGUUUUUUCAGUGAACUAGAAGUGGUGGGGAAUUGACAAAUCUAUUUAAAACAUUUAGUCCACACAUUUUCAAACUGGAUACAUUUUCCAACAGAGUUAAUUGUACAAUUUGGCUUUUUCAGCCUAAAACAUGUAAUUCCACUGUCAGUCUUCCACAAUUCCCAGUUUAGUGAGUAAAGCUCUAUGUUUUCUUGAUCACCAUAGUUUUGGUACAGUACCUAGAUCCCUUGCAACAUCCACCUGGUUGCAUUGCUUAUUUAUUUCCUCCUUUCAAUCCUUCAAGUUGCCAUAUUUGCAUCGGGGUGAUGUCUCAUACCUGCUUGCCAGAAAGUAUCACUUGGACUUCAUGCAUCUACUUGCAUCAUUUGUUCACAUGCAUAUUUGAACCUUUUGCUGUCAUAGUAAUGAUGCCAGUAUUUGAUUUUAGAAAUAUACAUGUCAUUUAGACCACUAUGUCCUAACAUGGUCUUAGCUUCUUGUGGCCUUUAUCCUUUUGCUAUUGCUUUUGCAUGUUUUACAGUUUGGCACUAACUUGUUUUCAUGGUUCUGAAUAUCCGUUGUUUCAGACCUGGCUAGUAUUUUAUUGUUAUGAUUUUCGGUGUCCUGACCUUGGCAAAUUAUUGGGUUUCAGUUAUGUGAAAACAUAUAACUAUUGAUUAUCAGAUUUAUGAUAUUGACAUACAUAAGACAUUUAUCCAUUUGGUUUUCAACACCAUUUAAUGAGUUUGAAAUUAUCCUUAUCCAGCAGAAGGCAGUAGUUUUCAUUCACUGGUGCUACAAAUAAUACUUCCAACUGGUGAGAAGAUAGAGUAUCAUAAGUUGCCCAAAAUUCCAUUAAUCUUUACCUUAUUUAUCACUUUAAUUAGUAGCAGUUACCCAUAGUUACUUUUUACACCAAUAACAAUAUGCUUGAGAAUCACUUACAUAAAUAUGUUUAUCUUUGGUAACAUUUUACCACCAAACACAGAAUGCACACUAAAAGUAACAGAUAAGUAAAAUGUAUGUACAAUUUAUUUUCCAAUAAGCCUGAAUAAAAAUAGUAUUUAUACCUAAUCACAUUUUCUAAAAUGAGUGUAAGAUGUGAAUGCUUUCAAGUGAAGAUGUGUAUCUAGCGUUAUUUAGCCAUAGUGCAACAAUCGUGUAAUAAAGCAUGUGACAAAAUCCUUCAUAACAGAAUUUCCAGUAAGUGAUAUCUAAGGCCUAUCUCCUAGGAAUUAUACCCAAAAGCAAAUGUCAUCUCCUUUUCCACUACUUUCUGCACUGGGUCAGAUGUCCAUAAAUAAUAAAGAACAUCUUUAUAUAUUGUUUAUUACUACUAUGUACCAUGGAAUGUCCGUUAUUAGUAUUUAGAUUGAUUUUUAAAGCAUUAACAUACAUGAGUAGUGGAAAGUGCAUAGUGAAUGUGUUGACUUUUAAAAUAUACUGAUUGUUUAUAAUAGCUUCCAUGCUAAAAUAAUAAUGUUACACAGCACAUUCAUGUUUUAUGUAUCUAUAUGAUUGUUUUAAACAUUAAAGGACCUUUAUAGUGCCAGGAAAACAAACUCAUUUUCCUGGCACUAUGUAGUCCUUAGGUCCCCUCCACCCUCACUGCACCCGUCCCGCUGAGCUAAAUGGGUUAGAACCCCUGUGAGACAGCCACUAGAGGCUGGACUAAUCCCCAGUGAGACAGCCACUAGAGGCUGGACUAACCCUGCAUUGUAAAACUGCUAUGUUUUCAGCUGCAAGGUUAAAACUAGAGGGACCUGGCACCCAGACCACUUCAUUGAGCUGAAGUAGUCUGGGUGCCUAUAGUGGUCCUUUAAACAGAAAGAUGAUAACUUGAUUUUAUUAUCUGAAAAUGGUACUGAUAACUAAUGUUAUUACUCAAUUAACUUAAAUACCAAAGUUGUAACAUUAAUGCUAUUUUACACAUUCCGCACCAAUGUUUUUAUGUAAAUAGUUUUAUUCUUUAACCUACAGAAGUCUCAAACAAUUCCUGUUCGUAUCACUUUUCAACCAAUGAUAAAAAAUUAUGAUUAAAGAACAAUUUGUAAUUUCCUAGAAACAAGGACUUUGUGUGAAAACAUCUUGUCUCAUAAAGGACAGAAUGAUAAUUAUUUUUGGUAAUAUUUUAACACAUAUAAUGGAAGCAGACUGUACUAUGUAAUCAGUUUUCCUUGCUAAAUGAUUAGACUAAUAUUUAAAGGAAUAUUCUCAGAACAAAACAAUGUUUAUUGAAGUGGUUUUGGUGUAUAUAUCCUGUCCCUGCAGUCUCAUUGCUCAGUUUUCUCAGAGGUUACAUUACUGUGUAUACACAGCCCUAGCCACACUUCCCAUGGCUAAGACUUACAGUCUCCCUUCACACUUCCUGAAAAUAUACCUCUUAAGACUGGGAGAAUGCAAAUCGGGAUGGGUGGUGGGCCUGAACCCACUGUUGCUUGUCCACUGAAGGGCUGAAGGAGCCUGCUUCUCUGGCCCCUAGCCUGCAGGAGCUUCUGAGAGCACUGCAAAGCACAUGCACAGUGCAGUGCUUAAUGACAGUUCCCUGGUAAACCCAGAUGCGGGAAUUAAAUUGGGAUGGCAGGACAGGACCCUGAAAUCGGGACUGUUGGGGGGCCUGCUGAAAAGAUCAUUUUUUUAGCUUCUUUUAUUGCACAGUGUAUUUCAUUUAGAUUUCUGUGAACUGCCUGUUAUAGCCUACAGCAGCCUCCUGUGUAUGAUUAAUGUUCAAUUAAUAGAACCCUUAAUAGAACACUUCAAAAUAAAGUACAAUUUGCUGUAGAAUAAAAAUGUUUUUUACUGAAGCUGUGUGAGUCACAGAGUUAAUGUGGCCAAGGCUCUAUACGCAAAGUAAUUAAACUCAUAAAAAAAGAGAACUAUGCACAAAAACUGUUUUGUUAAGCUAAAGGUGUUUUGGGGUUUAGAGUAUCCCUUUAAGUGCAUUAUCAUUGCAACCAUAUUUGAUUACUCGUCUGUAGUUAAAUCCUGCUACCCAUAGUUUAUAUAUUUACAUCAUUACUGAACAAUAGUAGGAUUCCUUACUAACAUACAUAGAGCAGGAGUUUGGUGUACUUUUGAACAAGCUGGAAAACUCAGCACUGAUCAAUCCAUAGUAGCACAUUUUUUGUACAUUAUUGCCAUUAUAAUAUGUGCAUAGUUCUCAAAUUCCAUAUCGCCCAUCAAUUGGGACAGGGCCCUGAGGGGCGUCAAUAGCGAUGCCCUACUAUUUUAGGACCAUGCAGGGAACUCUACCAAAGUGCUUCCUGCAUGGUCCUAGUUCCUGUUGCACAGAGUGAGCGCAUCUAAUGACAUGCUCGUGCCGUGCUGUCUGGGGACAGUUCCGUGGUGUCCACACCCCGAUGCGAGACACAAGGGAAAUAAAGCGGGGCCAUGGAACAGGACUCUAAAAGCAUGACUGUCCCACCAAAAAAAGACUUGUGGGAGUCCUGACUUGGUAUACACUAGACAGCACUAGACCCAGUCCUCAAGUACCCCCUAUUAGUGCAGGAUUUAGGGUUUACCCUGUUUUGUCUAAGGCUUUUUUCUUUCUAAAAAUACCUUAAACACAACUGGGUAUUCCCUAAAUCCUGGACUGCUAGGGUAUACUUGAGGACUGGGUUGGGAACCACUGCUCUAGAAUAUAAGCACGUUUGAGCAGGGCCCUCAACGCCCUCUGCUCCUGUUCAUAGUUUGGUUUUACUGCUGAUGAGUGUCUGGGGCCUCCAUAAGACACAAGGUUCUCCUUUUUUGAACUUUUUAAUUUUUAUUAAAAAUAGCGCUGAUGUCACUUUUGGUUCUUCGGAUCCAGUCCAUGAUGGCUCUAACACAUGAAUGGCAGUUUCUGGUUUAUGUAAUGUUUGAUAUUCACUACUCUAAGAUUGUGCCUUCAUUAUUAAUUGUGCCUUCAUAAUUAUUGUAUUAGUAUUGUAUUAGAAGUGUGUAUGUAUGUAUAUAUGUGUAUAUAUAUAUAUAUUCACUUGUUUUUUGUGGCCUGAGAAAGGCUCUUGUUUGUGCCAAAAUGCUGCCUAUUUCUCUCAUGGAUCUAUGUGACAUCUUUUGUUAUUUUGAUCUAUUAUUAGGGUCUUGGAGUCACCCUAGUUUGCAUUGUACCAUAGCUUUUAAAUUCAUUUUUUCGAAUAGUGAGAGCCGGUCCUGUUAAUUGUUGGAAGCCUGACUUUGUUAAAUAUAAAAUCAGGAGGGGGAAGGAGUAAGAGGGGCAGGGGUUGCCAGUUGGGAACCACGGACAAUGUGCCAGCCUAUAAAAAGGUCGUGCCAUGACCCGUAUACUGCCAAUAUAGUGAGUGCAUUCAGAGCAUCCCAAGGGCUAGGUACACUCAAAGCUGCCAAUAUAGUGAGUCCUGCUGAAGCACUUCAAUACGAGCUUUGAUACCCUGAAACAAAUCCAAACUAUUAAUCAUCCGUUCACACUGCACUCUCUCAGUCCUACAUCAGAGGACAGAGCCAGUCUGUUUGUUGAGGGGAAAUCCUGAAUCACACAAGAACACUGUGUGACUUGGCAGGUCCUAUGUACAUUGUAUUUAUUAUGAUGCUAGCAUAUUAUUUAGUUCACAUUGGUGAUAAUAUAAGUUGACCAGAUCUUGAUGCACUGUAUUAUCUUUUAUGGGGAGAGGGAGUGUUUGUUCUUUUUUACUUCUGUUCAUUUUCAAUAACUUCUAUACCAUUGCAAUUCUUCAUUCAUUUGAAGCCAAUCUCUUCAAAUGAAUGAAAAUCUGGUGAAAAUCUCAAAUCUAAACUGUUUCAGAUUUGUAAAGUUUAAGAUGUUAUUUUUGUCACAUAUUUCACAGGGUGAAAAUAACCAACAACAAAAACAGUUUAAUUGAGACUGUUGAAGAUCUAAAAUAAAUGUUAAGUAAUGGUACACCUCAUAUUUGCGUGGGGUCAUUAUGGAUUAUUGUGAACUAAGUCAUGUAUCUGGUUUUGUUUGUAAAAUACAAAUUACAGCAAAGCUAUACUACAAAAAGGAACAAAUAAUAUAAUGUUUUCUGCACCGAUAGGGUUAAUGGGUAUAAUUGGAUAUUACAAGCUCCCUCACUGCGUUUCUUAAUUAAAUUUAGAAACUGAUAGAAAAUAUGUCUACACUUGCCCUGGUAUGGUCAUUUAUUUUAAUUACGUACAAUGUCAACAUUUACUUUCUGAUUAUUUUAAGUUGAUGUGCUAAUUGGAUAUGUCAUAGGAAAUAUUUUGUUACUAAACUGGCUUUUGCAUACGCAUUUGUGUAUUGAAUCCUUUCAAGCAUGCAGAUAAAUUAGUUUUAAUCCAAUAUAUGUAGUAUAUUAAAAACUCAUUCACCCUCUUUAUAUGCUAGAAGUUGGAAGUGUGAGAGACAGAACUACAAAAACUAUAAAGAAAAUACAAAGAUAUCAGGAGCUUUAAUAUUUAAUGCUACCUGCUAAGACACCUAAGUGUUCUUCAUUCAAGCAAGCUACCAACCUCAAUGUGUGGGCUGUAUGCAUUCUAAUGCACCAAUGUGUAGGAGCAUUAAAUUAGAUGUUUCAUUGAUCCACUAUGUCUAUAAAGUUGUCACCUGGUCUUGGAUCACUGUUUAGAAUAAAUAAUCUGUUGCUAUAGCUGGGCUACACUAAGUUAGCUACAUGUUUUCAUUGAUGUAAUAAAUACACAUUGUACAAUUUUCAUUAUGAACUCGGUUUACUGUGUUCUAUGUGAUCACAUCACCAGGCCCAGAUUUUUGCCAACAACAGUAAAGGUGGGGACCAAUAAUGUGACUUUGUCCUCAUGAAAGGCAGGUGGGACAGAAAGAGUCCUUAAGAAGAAAGGGUUCUGAGAGAGACAUUUGAUUCCAGAGAUAUGUUUUAUUUUGUAGUUUAUGGUGCUAUGUCAUUAAAUGCCAUUAUACUAUAAUAACACAUCAAAAUAAUUACAUAACAUUCAAUCAAAUGUGUUCUUUAGUUUUCAAUUUAGAUUUCUAUUUUUAUUGUUCUCUGUAAUAUUGCGAUACAUUGUUUGAAAUUGCGGAAACUAACUUUGCUUUAUGACAUACUUAUGUUCAAAUAUGGUGAAUGAUUGGAAUUGUAGUUGUUUUCUUCCUCAAAAGCUGGGGGAUUGGACAGUUCAACAAAUCUAAACACAAAGUAGAUUUAUGUCCAAAUGGCAUGUACAUUGAUAUUUGUUUUAUAUAGGCAGUAUUUUGUAUGCUCUCUGAACAUUUCAGAAUAAAUAUCUAAUAUGGAUUAUUUGAUUUAAUAAUCAAUGAACAUCAAUUAAAAACACCAUUCUGUUUCUUUCAGCAGGCUCAACCUAACACAGACUGGCGAUUUUCACAGGCUCAAAGACCAGGACCCAGUGGGUAAGUCACAUGAGAUUUUAUGUUUUUUUUUAAUGUUUUUAUUUUAAUUUUGUUUUAUUUGUAAUAGUAGCAGAGUCAUCUGUUACAAAUGUAUUGUUACAAAAAAGGGACAUGCAACACAUUUUUUUUUAAUUUUUUUUUUUUUUUUUUUAAACCUGCAAGGAAAACACUUUUAAACAAAUAUAAAAGCUAAAGUAAAGCAAGAAAAGUUUGAGAAGUAUGUAAAAUAAAGUUUUUAAAACUUUCUAUAAACUUUGUCAGGUUAUAUAAUCUAGCACGCCUCUGAGCUGGGGAGAUAUUCUUCAGCCUCCCCCGUGCCUCUUACCUGCCUCUCGUCAGCCCACUAUUCUUAUUUUCACAUGAACUGUGCAUGGGAAAGUAUGUGCACAGUGAUGACUUUUGCAAACAAAAAAACCAAAGGAUGCUGAGAUUCAGGAAUCCAGUGUACUUACUCACUAAAUAUUCUCAUGAAUCCUAUGUAUAAUCAUAUGCUGUUACUAAAUUCCCAUUAUUUUCGCCUUAGUAAGGUGUUUUAAAAUGUUUUAAAUUGUGUGAGCUAUGAAGUUGCUAUUUAGUGAGUGAGUAUGCUGGAUCUUAUAUAUUGUAUGAAUUGACCUCAGUAGCACCCUGCGAAAUAUAAUAUACAGAUAUAUACAGAGGCCUGAUUAACCCCAUCCAGGGCCGGAUUAACAUAGGAAUAGGCCCAUUGUUUAAAAAAAAAAAAGAUUGUUUUUUUACUACUCUUCACGUGUUCUUGUUUAAGUAUGGAAACUUAAAAGGGAUGUAGAGGAACAAAACUUAUGUUUAUAAACUGGCUGACAAUGGAAUUAGUUAAGGUAAAGUUGUGCACUAUGCAAAAGCUCUUGCUGCUUCAGUCUCUCUAAUACUGUAACAUGUCCCCUUUCUUCUACACUCACUACAUACACCUUUCCUCUGUCCCAGACUGUAUAACAGGAACUUCUGCCUGCUAGUAAGGAGAGGAGUGGACAAGUGAGUGCUAGGGGAUAGUCCUUAGAAAGCGUGGAGCAAGUGCAUCAUUAUGCCAAGCUCAGGGUGCUGUCUGCAUGGUAGGCCUUUUGUUGGUCAUCCUGCAUGAUUGGCAGGCAGCCUGUCAUGUAUUUACACCAGAAUGACCUAAUUCUUCGGGCAGACACGCCCCCUUCAUGGACACGUUUGCCCCUUUGGGCAGUUCUGGUUAUGUGACUCGCCCUUUUACCCUGUCCACCGACUUUCUGCUUCACGGGACAGGUCUUUUUUGCCACAUAAACAGGUAGGUUUUAUUAACUCAUUCACUGCCAUACAGAGGCAGCCAUUAUUAACCUCUUCACUGCCCCACACAGGCAUUAAAACAUUCUCCGCUACAAAAAGAAGCAGCCACUACUGCUACAUAGAGAGAUAGGCAUCAACCUCUUAACUGCUCUGUAGAUAGGCAGGAUUUAUUAGUCAUUUACUGCUAAAAUGGAAAGUAGAUGUAUACUUAGCCCUUUAGUUGCCAGAGAGAUAUAGCAUCUAUUAACUCCUUCUCAUCCACUGAGAGAAGAGACUACUUAACAUUAAGUUCUCAAGAGACAGACAUGCAUAUUGCCUCUGUCAAAUACAGAAGCCACAUUCCAGCCUGUCUAAUACAGAAGCCACAUUUCUGUUUUAAUCUGCCAUCACUUGAGAUCAUUACAUACCUGUAAAGUAUGGUCGUGAGGUUGUGCUGUUGCUGUGUAAAGUAUGGUUGUGAUGGUAAUGCCAAAACAUGAAGCAGGUAUCGCAAAUCACAAUGGGUACACAAGCAAGUUGAUAAACAAUGAUGAUGGCGACUAAACAAUGCUUUUGCCGGACGGAUGUGCUGCCCGUACGCAUUCAUUGGCAAUGCGCGCCCUAGGACGUCAUCAGUAAUACUUAUUUUUAUUAUUUGCAAAGUAUUUUGCUAAAAAAUAUUUAGAAUAUCUUUCUAUAUUUAACAUAGAAACAUAGAAACAUAGAAUGUGACGGCAGAUGAAAACCAUUCGGCUCAUCUAGUCUGGCCAAUUUUCUAAAUACUUUCAUUAGUCCCUGGCCUUAUCUUAUAGUUAGGAUAACCUUAUGCCUAUCCCACGCAUACUUAAACUCCUUUACUGUGUUAACCUCUACCACUUCAGCUGGAAGGCUAUUCCAUGCAUCCACUACCCUCUCAGUAAAGUAAUACUUCCUGAUAUUAUUUUUAAACCUUUGCCCCUCUAAUUUAAGACUAUGUGCUCUUGUUGUGGUAGUUUUUCUUCUUUUAAAUAUGGUCUCCUUCUUUACUGUGUUGAUUCCCUUUAUGUAUUUAAAUGUUUCUAUCAUAUCCCCCCUGUCUCGUCUUUCCUCCAAGCUAUACAUGUUAAGAUCCUUUAACCUUUCCUGGUAAGUUUUAUCCUGCAAUCCAUGAACCAGUUUAGUAGCCCUUCUCUGAACCCUCUCUAAGGUAUCAAUAUCCUUCUGAAGAUACGGUCUCCAGUACUGUGUACAAUACUCCAAGUGAGGUCUCACCAGUGUUCUGUACAAUGGCAUGAGCACUUCCCUCUUUCUACUGCUAAUACCUCUCCCUAUACAACCAAGCAUUCUGCUAGCAUUUCCUGCUGCUCUAUUACAUUGUCUGCCUACCUUUAAGUCAUCAGAAAUAAUCACCCCUAAAUCCCUUUCCUCAGAUGUUGAGGUUAGGACUCUAUCAAAUAUUCUAUACUCUGCCCUUGGGUUUUUACAUCCAAGGUGCAUUAUCUUGCACUUAUCCACAUUAAAUGUCAGUUGCCACAACCAUUUUUCUAGUUUACCUAAAUCAUUUGUCAUUUGGCUUAUCCCUCCUGGAACAUCAACCCUGUUACAUAUCUUAGUAUCAUCAGCAAAAAGACAUACCUUACCAUCAAGACCUUCUGCAAUAUCACUAAUAAAAACAUUAAAGAGAAUGGGUCCAAGUACAGAUCCCUGAGGUACCCCACUGGUGACAAGCCCAAGCUUCAAAUAUACAAGCCCAAGCUUUAAAUACACGUGAGCGGUCGCAUGGUGACAGAGUUGUCUCAGAUUAAAACUGAUUCACUCAUACAAUUCGAAUCAUGAACCAGAUCUUUCACAAGAACAGGAACAGGUACAUGAAGAUCAGACACAGAUUAUACAGAAUAUUCCAUUUUAAAAUGAGCAUUUCUAAACAUAUAAGCACCGAAGUAUAACAUAAUUUUACUCUACUCACUCUAUUCUACUAAAGAAAUCACUAAGAAAUCCCCCACAUUAAAGGAACACUGUAAUGUUUCUGUAUUAAAAAGAUUGCAUUAUUAUUAUAUCACUGUUUAUAAUGACAGGCAGGGCCAGACUGGGAAGAAAAUUCUGCCCGGGCAUUUUUUAAUUACAGUGGCCCACUGAAAAGGGGGCGAGGCCAGAUAGGGUGUGUUUUGUCAUCACCAAUGACAAGCACGCCCCAUCACAAAGUGAACAUGUUGGUUCAAUGCCCUUCCAGGGCAGACCAUGCACAGAGCUCUGCUGAAGAGCUCUAGUAUGAGAAAAAGGACCUGUAUUUGUUCUGCACAGCACAAGCAAAUUUAAUAACAUGCUUGCACUGUGUUUGCUUGAAAUUUGUCUCUGGCAUCUCCAUAGAUGGGAUACCAGGAGACAAAAAUGCCAGGAAAGAGUAUUGUGCAGUGCUUGUGUGAAGGUGCUGGGUGAUGUGUGUGAGGGGUGUAGUGUGUGUUCAAGAAGGGUGCAGUGUGUGUGAGGGUGCUGUAUGGCUAAGGGUGCAGUGUGUAAAGAGUGCAGUAUGUUUGUGAGGGUGCUGUGUUUGAGUGAGGGUGCUAUGUGCAUGUGAGGAAGCUGUGUGUGAGGGUGCAGUGUGUGUGUGUUUGUGUGUGUGAGAGGGUGCUGUGAGUGUCAGGGGUGCAGUGUGUGUGGGGGGGUGCUGUGAGUGUCAGGGGUGCAGUGAGUGUGUGUAAGUGAGGGUGCUGUGUGUGUGUGAGUGAGGGUGCUGGUGUGUGAAUAUGUUUGGAGGGCUUGUGUGUUGGGGGGGCAGAUUAUUAUCAGUAUAUAUUAAUUUAAAAAAAAUAAACAAGCAUUAUAUCCCCCCUCCCUUGUUACCUGUAGCCAGGGAGGAGGACCGUGCUGCCAUCUCUGGUGGUGUCAGUGGUGAGUGAACUCUAGCCUGUGGGGCUAGAGCUCACUCUCCCGAGACCUGGAGCGUUGCCAUGGCAGCACUCUGGAUCUCGAGAGAGGAACGCGGCGGAGCUGCAAGAUAGAGCUCUUCCGGGCCCUCUCUCUGCUGCCGGUGGCUGCAUCAUACUGCAUGUGGGCCGGCGCUCGGAUAGAGCCGGCCCUGCAUGGACCAGCCGGGGAGAUCCUGUGAUCUCCCCUGCCGGCUUCGGCCCAUGGCCAUCGCAGCCCACCGGGCAUUUGCCCGGUGUGCCCGAUGGCCAGUCCGGGCCUGGUGACAGGGGUCAUUACAUCACUGAGUACACUGCUCUACCUGUAGUGAUAAAAAUUACAUCAGUGCCCUAGAUUUAACACUAGAUGGCUUUGAGGUGGUUUUAGCGUUAGAUGAGGUAAGGGUUUAGUGAUAAGGAUAAGUAAGAUGUUGUAACUGUAAUGCUGAUCACUCUCUGCCAAGAGAAUAAUAGAAUUUACAGUUCACAAUAUGUUGAAAGUCAGUACCCCCACAGCCCAAUGUCCCCUGUUACCUUAUAUCAGGGUUGCCUAAAAACUAGAUGCAUAGAUGUUUUAAAACUACAGCUUCCAUGAUACUUUGUCAUUCUGAAAGCAUUCUAAAGGCACGCAACACAUCAUGGGAGUUGUAGUUCUUCAACUUCUGGGGAUCUACCUUUUAGGCAACCCUGCAUUAGCUACCCAUUAUGCAAAUAAGUCAUUACCCUUAACUUUAACUUAAUCGCCUGAUUCUAACCUCCUCCCUACACUUCCCUUUGUGGUUUUGUUAAGUGUCAAUGUUAACUUUCUUUGGACAGCAGCAACAUAUCUGGAUUAUUCUAGGCUUGGCAUUUAAUGGCAUUUAAAUCCCACUGUUUUGGCACUGACAUUUUACAUGUAUAUACCAUCUCCUAUAUUGAAUAGUUAAAACUAAAUGAAGCAUUUUAGAUUAUUCCAUUAAUGUUUUCAAUUCGGCUACUUUGGUCUUAAAAUUGAAAUUCACUUUAAAUUCAGUAAAGUCUCACAUUAGUGAAUAACCAUGUAUGUAUUUGUCACAAUAUGUUAAUGGCCAUCAUGUUACAAACAUCAUGCUCAAUUGAUAAAGGCAAUCCUGCCGAAAUGUUGGGAGCUAUUUUGACUUUCUCACUACUUCUGACAAUUUUUUAUCCUUCUCUUUUGGUAUGUAUUUUUAUGUUGGGUAGCUUGUUUUAGGUAUCAUUGUGACUCUAUACUGCUAAUAGCAUUAUUGUACUUUUUUGGUUGUUUUCCAUGAAUACAUGUAAUUAUUGUAUACCUUGUAUGCUUUUUUGUAUUGAGCAUUGUUUUGACAUUAUUGCUAAUGUUGUUUAGUAUAACCUUGGGAUACCUAGUGUACCGGACCCAACUAAUAAAGUAAUGUUUUUAUUUAUAUAGAUGUGUGCCUCAUUUGGUAUUAUCUAUAGAUUGUUUAGGUCCUUGGGAGAAUAGGACCUUUCAGGGAGCAUCAGGUCCAUAUGUUUUGUUUCUACUGAUAUAUCUUUAUGUCAUUCAAUUAGUGUGCCUACCUUCUUAAUUAUAUUGCAUCAUGUUACAAAAAUCCAUGGGUAUUCAGGUUUUCACAUUUUUGUGUCUCUUCUACUUCUUUUUUAUUUACCUACUGAUGAUGUUUGCCCUUUAACUUUAUUUGUGAAAUGUCUUUCUUUCUUAUAACAUCUAAAUGCAGGCACUAGGCACUAGUUGCUUUGGUCCUAUCCCUUAUAGUGGAGGACUAAUACUAAAACCUAGAAGUGAAUAGUUAACGAUUAGUUAAGUGGUUAGGUUAGCUUUCUAGAAAAUUAAAAACAUAAUCAAAUGUGAAGGGUGAAGGUAACGUGUGAAUUGGAGCCUAUCUUUUAACAUAUAACAAUGUUGGUUAUUAGUAAAAAGGAUAAAGAGACAUAAUGAGUGAAAAUGUGGGGAAAAUCCUCUAUAUUAUACACAAAGAGGUUUUAAGUUAAUAAAUGCAUGGUCUGUAAAGAGUAUAUGUUGUAUGUUAAUAUGGUGGGUGAAAAGUCCUAACAAUUAUUUCAUUUCAGUUUAGCCAUUGGCUUAUGUCGCCAAACGUUUUAAUAGUAUAUUCAGUAUAGAGACCUAGAAAUAAGGAUCCAGUCUGAUGUGGGAAUGGCAUAGCUAAACAAAAAACAAUCUAAUUCUGUAUGCAGUUCAGACACAAAUAGCCAUGGCCAGAGUGAUUCAUGGUACGUCAAUAUGACUCCGUGUUAUCAAUACAGAGUAAAAAUAACACAUUAAAAUGUAAAUAUAUAUUACGGGGACAUAUUGAAAUAUGGUAACAGUACAAGGUAAAUGCUUAAUUCCUUGUGCCCCAACACACAGUGAUAUAACAGGCACACCCGUGGCAUUCAAAGUGUUAAUGUUUUGCAUGAUGAUAGCUGAGUUACAACAGAAUACAGUCUCUUAAUCAGUAUGAGCACAUUGGAGAAUCAGCUUUUGUUUUACACAUUGUACUGUGAAUUUUAAAUAAACUCUAUAACAGUCAUUAAGACCUACUCUAUGUACUUAGCCUCCACAGGAAUUCAGUCUUUUGUGUGAUGCUUUCACGAAUAUUCUUGACUCUGUAGGAUAUAACUAUUUCGCAAUCAGAUUUAAUGUUCUUUACUCACUCUUUGGUUACUGACCAUAAAGACCCUUUUAAUGUUAGCACACGUUAUGUUCUGGCUGUAGAAACUGCUGUGGUUCUUUUACAAACCAUUCUGAAAUGAUGUAUUAAUAAAGGGUAGAAGAGUACUGCUUAUCACCUUUACAUAAUUCCAUAAGAUGCAAUGUGCAGCUGUUUAUAUGUUCCUUAUGCUGUUCCUUACUGAAAAUAUUUGUGGUUUCUUUAGAGCUCAGCCUACAGAAGAAGCUGGAGUGUGGCCAAACAAUCAGUUUGAAACCGAGAGACUUCAAGCAAUGAUCUUGGCAUCAGCAAAUGGUCAGUUUUUAUUGUAGCAAAUACUCGAGCUGUCUGAUGAAAUUGACUUUGUUCCAGGAAUUUUCUCAGCUAGCUUAGAACUGGAGAAUUCCGGGAAUGGGAAUUUGAAUUUUAAUGACAUUUGCACUACAAAUAUUCAAUUUUUAAUGGUGUAGUAUUGAAAUAACAUUCCACAAUGCUCUUUAAACAUUGGCAGGAACAUUUUCCUACAUGUUUGAACACUAAUGAUUACAUUCAUUUUUAAUUCAUUCGCUUAUUAUAUUAAAUUGAGCACAGACUGAUGGGAGCAUCCAGUUAAUAGAACUGAGUGAAGGGGAGCUUUUUACACACGUUGCUAACAACUAUAUGUUUAUUGAAAUUAAAGGGACACCAUAGUCACUACAAUCACUUUAAUAUCUGGGAAUUGGUUAGGGUGCCUGAAGUCCCAUUGCACUAGGCCUCUAUUCCAAAUUAAACCAUUUUCAAGCAGUUUUACUCCCUUCCCACAACCCCUUCGGACUACUACUGGAGGUGUGGGUAAUGCAGAGAUUACACACUUAUUUGUAGUCAUAGCCAUUCCUGCUGACAAUGGAUGCUGUGACAGGCUAAAAUCAGUCAGGUGAAACUCUCAGCCAAUCACAGCUGCUCAUUGAUGCUCAGGCAUCCAGGGACUCUCAUUUAGCAUUACAACAUAAUGAAUUUAAAACCUGUUUAAAGGGACUCUCCAGUGCCAGGAAAACGUUUGUUUUCCUGGCAGUGCAGGUCCCCUCCCACCCCCCAUCCCAGGUUGCUGAAGGGGUUAAAAGCCCUUCUGUGACUUACCUGUAUCCAGCGCCGAUGUCCCUCGGUGCUAAUUCAGGGUCCGCCCAGGCUUCUCCCACGCUGAUGUCAUGCGGCGGGGGAGAUCUAUUGCGCAUGCGCGGCCGGAAGACCUAAUGCGCAUGCGCAGCAGUUCCGCCCACGCGCAUUAGACCUCCCCAUAGGAAAGCAUUGAAAGAUGCUUUCAAUGCUUUCCUAUGGGGAUUUCAGCGAUGCUGGAGGUCCUCACAUAGCGUGAGGACGUCCAGCGACGCUAUAGCACAGAAAAUCUGUCCUAUAAACCCCAAAGAGCCCUCUAGUGGCUGUCUAGUAGACAGCCACUAGAGGAGGAGGUAACCCUGCAAGGUAAUUAUUGCAGUUUAUGAAAAUUGCAAUAUUUACAGUUGCAGGGUUAAGGGUAGUGGAAGUUGGCACCCAGACCACUUCAAUGGGCAGAAGUGGUCUGGAUGCCUGGAGUGUCCCUUUAAAGUUGAUUAAAAGGCACCAGUUGACUCCAGACACUAUAACCAGUUCAGUGAGAUGAGGCAGAUACAGUGCCUACAGUGAGUGUUGUAUCUAUUACAAGGCUAGCAAGUCAUUUACUUUACACUUUCAUAGAAACAUAGAAUGUGACGGCAGGUAAGAACCAUUCAGCCCAUCUAGUCUGCCCAAUUUUCUAAAUCCUUUCAUUAGUCUCUGGCCUUAUCUUAUAGUUAGGAUAGCCUUAUGCCUAUCCCACGCAUGCUUAAACCCCUUCAGUGUGUUAACCUCUACCACUUCAGCUGGAAGGCUAUUCCAUGCAUCCAUUACCCUCUCAGUAAAGUAAUACCUCCUUAAUCUUUUUUACUUUAUUUUACUCUAUGUCCUUUCUUUUCUGAUAACAAACACGGUGCACAGCGCUGCUAGAGAAUUUUGAGGAACAAAUAGCUCUCUCUCAUCCCCCCCCGCCUCUAACUCGCUGUAUGCUUAUUUAAUCAAGCAUUUUAAAGCCCAGAGGCGUAAAACACGCCUAGGCAAUCAAAAGCCCAUCCGGAGUCUACCUACUGCACAGCAAGAGUUCUGGCUGGAUUGCAGGUAUAUGACUACGGUUCUUGUUGCUCAUUACACUUACUUAGACACCCAAGCUAAUGUAGGGCAAGAAGCCAGUUGCUGAAAAGAUUGUCAGCCCCAAAUAGUCCCUGAUUCCACCACAUAAGGCUGCCUAGUUUGAUCUGUCUAUAGUUUACUCCUUACUACUAUUACAAUCAUAAGCUCACAGACUCCCCCAUCACUGUACACUGCAAGCGUAUAUAUACUUAUGUCUUAUGGCAAUUUCUCACCCCCAUAGCACUGUUUUCUUAUUUCUGCCAAGCAUCUGUGAGUUGAGCACAAAUGACCUUGUUAUUAUAUUCCAAAACUUGUGCAUGUUUUGAAUUUGAAAAUCCCAAGUGUUCUGCAUGAUGCAAAGCUUGUGGUAUGCUGUUUGUAUCUUUCUGCACUGCAAAAAUAUAUAUAUAUAUUUUUUAAAAGUACUACUCCCUGAUAUUAUUUUUAAACCUUUGCACCUUUAAUUUAAGACUAUGUCCUCUUGUUGUGGUAGUUUUUCUUCUUUUAAAUAUAGUCCCGGGGUCUGGCAAAAAAAACACCACCUAUACGCACCCUGGUAACUUUAUUAAAUGCCUUGUUAGCCUCAUGUCAUGGGGGGCACAAAGAAAAGGAUUAACACUGGACCCCAGGGAAAGGAGCCCCACUGGAUCCCAUGGAAAUAAUCCACUCCAGCUCUCAGACAGGUAGAGAGACUGGGUGACUUAAAUAAAAAAUAAUUAUAAUAAUUAGUGAGUAUAUGAUCAAAUGUGUGUGUGUGUGUGUGUGUGUCAGUAUCAGUGUGUGUCUGUCAGUGAAUAUGCUUAUGUCAGUCAGUGAAUGAGUGUGUGUGUGUGUGUGUGUGUGUGUGUGUGUGUGUGUGUGUCAGUGAGCGAAUGUCUGUCACUGUAUGUGUGUGUCUGUCAGUGAGUGUGAAUGCUGGUUUGUAAGUGACUUGCUUAUGAAGAAUGUCCUCAAUAAACGCAGAAAUGUCCAUUCUCAAUGAAGGAAAGGAACUGUCCAUGCUAAUUAGAUGUUUAUUUAAUUCAUUCUCUUUGCACUGUGGUAACAUUCUGUUCCUGUUUGUCUAGCUUAUCUUUGUUUCAAGUUAGAAGUAUGUUUUGUUAAUCCACCUAUUUCACAGCAAUGCAAAACAUGUAGGAUUUUUUUUUUUAAAUAAUGAUAAUAUAUGAUAUUUUAACAAAGUUAUGGAGAUUCAACAGCAGAAGUCUACCAUAGUCUUGAAAUAGCACACUUAGUACUAACUGUAUAUUUGUGUAUGUGUCCAGAAACAAUAAACUGUCAAAUUUGCUUGAUCGUUAUUUUUUACUUUCUGCCCUACAGAAGCUGCCGAAGGAGCCUCUGCCAUGGGUGGAGGAAAUGGGACCAUGGGACUUAGUGCUCGCUAUGGACCUCAGUUCACUCUGCAGCAUGUACCUGACUACAGACAGAACAUCUACAUUCCAGGAACAACAUCAACGCUCACUAACGCUGCUGGGAAACGUGAUGGAAAAUCAGCUGCACCUUCAGGAGGGAACAAGAAAAAGUCUGGCAAAAAAGAAAAGAAGUAA